CCGCCCACCUGACAAUGAGGAAGUAACUUCCUACCGACUGACAGCAAGUUAGCCAGAGUCCUGGUAACCGGGGGCAGCUAGGUAGAGGGGUGAUCAGCCAGGGUAACCGGGGCUGGAGGGCCACAGCUGGACAGGGGGGGUCAUUAAUGAGGGAGAGGGGCUGCUAGAGGGGGGACCUCCUCUAUAUGUACAUGGAGUGGGGGCUGGACUCCUGCAGGAGUUAAUACAGAGAGUUAAAGGUGUCAUAUAGACAUUGAAUGUAUGUGAUCCUGAGAGACACAGCCUGGGUCUGGUGGUUUAUCAGGGUCUGUGAUAAAUACAUUUAGAAUCUGGAGGUGUAAUGUUAACAUUCUGAUUCUGGAAUCCUGAGAAAUACACCCAGAAUCUUCAGUUUUAAUAAAUAAAUACAUCCAGGUUCUGGAAGGUUGAUAGAUACAUGCACAAUCUGGUGGUGCAAAAUAUAUAUAUAUUAUGUAUGUAUAAAUGCAGAUCAGGGCAUGCUAUAAAUUGAGAAUCUAAUUAAGUGGAUGUGCUGGUUGGAUAAAUACAGUAAGAUUUUGACGUUUAUUUCAUGCAGCAUUAAGAGGUGUGAUACAUGCAUGUAAUACUCUAGAGCUGUAAUAACUACAUGCAGUUCUAAGAAAUACAUGCAAAACAUUAGGGGUGUAAUAAAUACAUGUAGACUCUGGGGGUGUAAUAAAUAAAUGCUGAGGUGCAGGGUCCUGCUGCCUGGUCCCAGGAAGCAUCAUGAAUAUUGACGUAGAGUUUCACAUCAGACAAAACUACCCAUGGGCCAAACUACCAGCAAACGUGAAACAGGUGAGCACAUAUACGUAGGAUACAUAAUAGUCUGUCUUUAUUUGUCACAGUGUAUGUGAUGCAUUUUAUUGUUUUGUUCUAGUUUUUUGACAUGUCAAAGUGCCCCUUUCCAGAUCAUGCCCAAUUAUAUUGUCUUAUGCGCUGACACACUGUGUACCGGAUAGAUGCAUGGCAGCACUACAGAUGGGUAUAGCACCUCCCACUCCUAAAUUGGACAGGAGCACCGCUUAAUUAAACAAUACAAGAGACUACAUCAGUGUUCCCCAACACAGUCCUCAUUGACCACCAACAGUCCAGGUUUUGUCAUUAUCUUCAUUGGCAUAAAACAGGGAAAUACAUAAAUCCUGGACUGUUGGUGGUCCCUGGGGAUUGGGUUAGGAAACACUGCCCUACAUGGUUCUGCUAAACAUAAGUACUGGUAUGGAUAAUAUUAUUGGUUAUACACUGUAUAUAGCCAUAUUAUUUUCUAUUAUUACAUACUUUCUUCUGGCUUCGUGUUGUUUUUUUCUUUCUGGAUAUCUACUUCCAUUACAAGGGCUUAUUCUUUUUGGAAAACAUCUGGACAGCUGCAGAAAAAGGGUAUUUUAUCCCAGGAUAGAUGCCCUAGAAAAUGUAUUCCUCAGGAUUCACAGUCCUUUCGGGACAAGGAUUACAGAAAUUGCAAACCUGGUAAAGGAUUUUACAGAUCACAGACAUGGAAGGGAGGUUUCUCCUCUUCAAAAAGUAGUAUUUUCUUCAGAAGCAAUUCUGAUAGGGCUCCAGCACAAUCCUUGAUAGUGGGAGCAAAACAUCUCAACGUUUCUGAGGUCCCAGUUCGAAUUUGACAAAUGGGUUUUAAAAAUUCUAAGCAAGUGAUAUUUUCUGGAAUUCUCUACCAUCCCUCGUCCUCAAUUUCUAACAACCCAGGUUCCUGAAGAACCAGAGAAGGCAAAAGCUCUUAAUCUCUUCACGACCUCCCUCUUUGCAAAAGGAGUAAUUUGCCCUAUUGCUUUUGAAAAAAGAGGAUUGUGUUGUUAGUCAAGACUUAUUUUGACCAAAAAAAAAGGCAUCCGAGAACCUAGACCAAUUCUGAAUCUUCACAAACUCAAUGGGUAAUUGUUUGUAAGAAGAUUCUAGAUGGAACAGUCAGUUCCAUUAUCAGUCAUCUCUCCAGGGUAUUGGAUGGUUUCUAUAGACUUCUGAGAUGCUUAUUUUCAUAUUCAUAUUGCCCUUGCCCCAUCAGCAUUACCAGGUCCAAGUUCUCUCCUUUUGGUCUUAAUUGCUCACAGAACAUUAUAUAAAAUAAUAUCUCACAUUUGACUGGAGGGCAUUUUCAUCGAUUAUUACCUGGACGACAUUCUAGUUCUGUACUGCAACAAGUAUCAACUUCUUGCUCAUCAGGAUUGAAUUCUUCACAUUCUCCAGAGGUUCGGUUGGCUUAUCAAACCCAAGAAAAGACAGCUUUCCCCAUCUUAAGUGAUGGUCUGUCUGGGUGCAAGGUUUCGCACAUCCAGUCCUUAUCUCAGGACAGAGCACAAAGGAACCAGUUAAAGAUUUUUUGCUUCAUCCCUCUUGAUCCCAGCAAGAGAAUUUCUGGCGAGUCUGGCCUCUACAACAGGGCUUUCAAAAUAGUCUCAGUGGCAUAUGAGGAUACCUCAAAAAGAGCUCCUAUAACAGCUUUCAAACCAGAACCUGAACCAAAGGAGCUUCAUAAUCUCCAAGGUCAAAAAAGAACUCGUUGGAUGAUGGCAGUCUUUAUUUGGGAUUUCCUCUGGGCCAGAUUCAGGGGUUAAUGAUGACAACGGAUGCCUGUUAAACUUGUUGUACAGAGCAACUCAUAUUGCAUCAAGGCCUUGUGUUCCAUCCUGCAUACCAGUCCUUGAAACUAAUGGUAUGGAGAUUGAGAGGCAGUGCCUCUUAAAAAAAAACAAAAAAAAAAAAAAACUUCUCUAUAUCAGUCAUUGAUACUUUGCUCAGAGCAAAGAAGAAAUAUUCCGGCCUAUUAUCGCAUUUGUGGAAAUGUUUUGUGACUGGUGGGUUCAUUAUAAUGUUCCUCCUCAGUCACCUGAGAUUAGCAGCAUUUUUUAUUUUCUCCAGGAUGGAUUUGACAAGGGACUGAGUCUUAGUUCCCUAUAAGUCCAAUUCUCAUCUAUUUUCGUGUUAUUGGAUUGCCUUCGACUCAGAUAUUGGUAGAUUUUUUUAAAGUUUUGAUCUCUCUCCGGGACCCUUCCAGGCCUUAUCUGGCCCUCUCUUUAAACCCCUGGAGGACAUUUCCCAACCUACAUUGUCUCUGAAGACAAUUCUACUGGUUGCCAUUACUUCGGAUACAAGGAUUUUGGAGCUUCAGGCUCUUUAUGUAAAUCUCCAUUUCUGAUUCUUCAGGGAGAUAGGGCCAUAUUGCAGAAUGUUCCAGCAUUUUGCCCCAAAGUGGUUUUGUCCUUCCAUGUCAAUCAUGAUAUUCUCUUACAUGCAUUCACCUCCUCCCCCCCCCCCCCAUCUUUCAUCAGAAGAGGAGGCGGCAAAUUGGCAUUGUUUGUACCUAGUUCAUUGUCUCUCAGAUUACCACACUUCUAACACCAUAAAGACAUCUCCUCUUAUUAUUAUUCCAUCUGGACAUAUGUUGGGCUAGGCUGCUUCUACCAUGUCCAUUGUUCGAUGGAUCAUCUCAGCAAUUUUCCAGGCUUACCAAGCUCGGGAGUUCCGAUUCCAUGGGUCUUCAUGCUCAUUUUACAAGAUCUUUGGGUUCUUCAGGGGAAGCUGCAGCUAAUGUUCCUCCUGGCCGCAUUUAUUCAGCAGCAACUUGGCACUCAUUUAACACCUUUAUCAAUCAUUACCGUUUAGACUUGGCCAGAUCGUCUAGCUCUGCAUUUUUUCAGGAGGUAGUGUCAUUUCAACUACCUUGUAAUUGAGUUUCUAAAAAACAUUCUUUCUUUUGACAUCAUGACUUUUUGUUUUUUUGGUUUCCUUUUGUUCUCCCUCUCUUCUGUUAAUUGGGAAAACAGAAAUUGUAUUCCGUUCUUCCUUUAUAUAGGCCAUGGAGUACUACACUCCUUUCUUUGUUUGUUGCUUGUUAUGAAGACUGAGGAUGUCGGUGAUGGAGUCUUUUUUUUUUUUUAUAGUUUAGUUAGGUAUAGCACCUACCACUAUUAAAUUGGACCGGAAAACCUAUCUGUAGUGCUGCCACAGGAAAAGAAAAUAUUGGUAAGUAUGGAAUACAUUUUCUGUUUUCUGUCCCCCGGUUACCUAGUUACAUUGUAUUUUUUUUGCCCUAUCGCGCUGUUUCUGUCCUUAGCACUGUCCUUUUCUGGAGUUUGUCCCAUUAGGCUUUAUGUUUCCGUGCAUCUCUUAUUAGUGUUGAUAUCUGCCACAAUGUUUGACCUGUUUUCAUUGCCUCUCUCUAAAUGUUUACCAUCAAACUGUUAUCUCUGACCUGUCAGUGCUGUUUUACUCCACAACCCCUCACCCUGCCUCCUCGUGGCCUCUGUCACCCAGUUGCUAUAAGAUCGAUGUCCUGGGCUGUGUGUUUUUAUUUGGUCUAUGAUUGUCCUAAAUCUCAUACCUAAUCAAUUCUUCUCCUCCUCCCUUUUAUUAGUCAUUCAUCACAUCUGCUCGCUGCUUUGUUCACUAUGAAACAUUCAGUCGUGCCAAAACUGCUGCGUGUUUCCUAUUUAAUGUCAGACUCACUGUGGUUGGAUAGUUUCCCGGCUAACAGACGGUCUUCAGAUCUAGUAUUCAGUACAGUGUUUGUAUCUAUAAUUUCUAAUCUAACGGUCUAUCCUGUUUCCUGUCAGUCACUGUCUGUAUCUAGUCUUACAUGCCGGCUGUUCUUCCUGUCAAAUUAUCUGCACAUCUUGCUUUUGAAAGUGAUUGUAUCUAGUCCUUUAUCUGGCAAUCUAACUGUAUCUAACCUAAUUGGCUGUCAAUCAAACCAAAUGCAUUUAGACCUGUUUCUGUCAAAACUGUGGCCACAUUUUAUUUUAAUAGACCGAUAGUGGUUGCAUUUGGCUCAUCAAAUUCAAUAAGUCCCAGACAACUAUAGUCUUGUACCCUUUCCCAUUGAUAUGAAGACACAUUUGACAUUGGGAAGAAAUCAGAGAAGGUUUAUUGUAGAAUUAUUUAAUAUCUAUUCCAGUACAGUUUGAAGAAUUGGUCAAAAAAAUAAUUGUGCAAUUUAAGAAUCUAAUAUCACGUAAAUGUCAAGGUUAAUAACCACUCGCGCUUUUCAUGUCAAAUUAAUUGCGUGGUAAUUGUCUAUUACUGUCAAGUUUAAUGUUGGAGGUGUUCUCUAAAAUUGGAAUUAACAAGAACUGACAAAGUAAUAUCUCCUUUCUUUCAGCCUAUUUUGUUACUGGGUAAAUUCUGCAUUGAGAGGGCACAGACUCCUGGUGGAGUUCCUGUUUUGGGCUAACUGUUCGCUAACAGUUUAACAAAAAUUAAGGGAGGCGGCGCCCAAUGAUUUUUUACGUCACUAUCAAUAAACUCACCUGUAGUGAUUAUGGUUUUUGCAUUUUCUCAUUAGUACCUACAGAAUGAUAAUCGAAGAUGCUUAUUCAGUAACACACUGACUUGUAGUAAAUUGAAAACUAAAUUGCUAAAUUUAGGCAUAAAUUUGCAGAUUUAAAUAAAAGAUUCAUACUUUACUAAAGUCGCAUCUUUGCUACUUUAGCUUAUUUAUUGAUGGCACUAUUUAAAGAGAAUUGUAACAUAGGAGGUGAACAAACAUUGUAAAAUACUUGAUAUGGCCAUAAUCUCAUACAGGUGACUGAAGCAUAGACAUGCCAUGUGCAUUAGGAAGUAUAUACUCGCUAUUGUCACUAAUUAGACAAGAGUGGAAAACAGAAGGGAGAAAUCUAGUAAUGGCUAUGUGAAGGGAAAGGGUGGCUUGAAAUUUUAACGCAAACUUAGUUUUCAGCCCACUACAAUUUGUUGUUUAGUGAAAAAAUCCUUGAAGUGCUGCACAGCUAACCGCAGGUUCACCUUAAAGGGGUAGCGCACUAGUGGUUAUGGUGUCAGCAUGCACUGGUACUGUUCCAUGUUUCUAUGUCAGUGUUUUUUAAAGCUGUUUGUUAAAACGAAGCACCUCUAGGAUGCCCAUGGCUUCGCCCCUUGCCAGCAAUAUAGCAGAAGUUAAAAUUUCACAUUAGCAAUAUCAGUUCAGACUUUCCGUGGAUGACAUUCAUUGGCAGUGGACAUACUAAGCCAAUACGGCAUUUCAAAAUGUUUGUAAACAAUGGGCACCAAGAUACUUCCGGGUGGCAGAACGCAAGUGGCUUCCACUGACAUUCUCCUCACAAUAGACUGUCAGAUCUGCAGCAGGCUCACAGCAUGGCUUUAUGUGUACAAAUUCCAUCCUGUGUGAACCAACUUUAAUGUGACUGUACAGCACCCCACACCCCACCGCCCAACCCCCAGGUGAGAAAAAACACAGGCUGUGUCAGGGAGCUGGGGAGGCAACUAACCCUUAUACUAAUUCAGGCAGCCGGUGUUGCAAAAGGUACAACACUGUGAUACACUCCUAUCACUGCCAGCCAUCCCCUCUUUCCGAUCCCAAUACAGCCACUGUGAAACCCCUUAUCGCUGCAAGCCAUCCACCAUACCAGGACACAGCUGGCAAUCCACUUCUUACAUACUGCCAUGCCACCCCUAAUACAGACACUAUGAUAACCCCUAUCACUGUCAGCCAUCCUCACGUCCUCUAUAGCAGCACACAGUUGGCACCAAUCUCUUCACAUACCGACAGUCCUGGCUGAGUGUGGGCUGAGCAUGCACUCACUCUCCCCGGUACCAGACACUCAGUGUGAGUGAUCUCCUAACACCCCACCCUGCCCUACAUACAGCUCACAUAGACACUCAGAACUGGACCCAUGACAGGAGACCCGACAGCCACGCUCCUCCAGAGUCACUGCCUGCAGCUUUCAUCGGAGAAUGCUAUGACUUUUGCCACCCGGAAGAUUGUUGUGAUGUCAUGGUGAAAUCCCCUAUUAAUGUCAUCCAGAUUUGCUUAAUAUUGAUCUUGCUAAUGCGAAAGUCUAACUUCUUCAAUAACAACAUGCUGCGAGAGGGGCUGUACCAUAGGAUUUGGGGGAUUAUUGGUUUGUGGCAGACCACUCAAUAAUGCUUUGACACAGAUCCUGAGAACUGGGUAUGCUGACACAAUAAGCAAGCAGGCUGUAGGGGUUAUGGCAUUUAGAGUGACAAUUUAAGGUUGACAUGAAUUUAGUUGCAUCAACAGGUCCAGGCUUUUUUUUUCUGGGUCUGUCAAAGUAUCUUGCGAGUUGUAAUUCUGCAGUAGCCCCAAAUCUAUUUUAGGGCCACUCCUAUAGGAUAAUCCUAAAGGCUCAAAAUGUAUGUGCCAUUUUUCCAUUUUAAGAACAGACGUGUGAAUUCAUUCUGACAGUAAUUUGGAGAGCCCUCUGGCAUGCGCGUGCUGCAAUAAUCAAUAUACAGAGAGAAACCUGAUCACGUGAAAGGACAUAGCUCUUCCCUGACACAUGAAAAAUGAGAAUUCCAUAGCUCAAAGCAACAAAAAGAGUUGCUUGUCAACAUAUCGCACAAAGGGACUGUUUGUUGAAAUGCUUAAAGCGGCACUGUCAUGCCGAACUUACCUUUCCUCAAUCUCUUCCUCUUCUCCCCUCUCUCUCAGGAUCUGUUCUUCUUCUUCUUUUCUUCCUGUCUUCUUUAGUUUUCUUUAAAAUCAUAAGACAAAGUAGGGACUCUUUACCUUAUGGAGGAUUCCGCCGCUUGACCAGCUUUGACCAGCGGAGGAGCAAAGUGUGCUUCAUUUCCGCUGGUCAGAGCAAUUUACCCAUAAUUCUUACCUUUCCUCAGUGUUCCUGCGAUGCUUCCUGUCAUUUUAGACGAAACUGCCGAAUUGCGUUCUAACUGAAUGAGAACAGUAUGUUCGUUUGUUUUAGAACUCGAUUCGGCACUUUGUUCGACUUUUCCCACGCUGUGUAAUUUGACUCAUAACACUCUGAUUGGUGGGCUUGGAAUCUAACCAAUCAGAGUGCUCUUUGUCAUUUUACACAGCGUGGGAAAAUUCCAAAGAACUUUCCCACGCUGUGUAAAAUGACACAAAGCACUGUGAUUGGAUGGAUUUCAAGUCACCCAAUCAGAUUGCUCUGUGUCAUUUUACACAGCGUGGGAAAGUUCUUUGCAAUUUUCCCAUGCUUUGUAAAAUGACAGAGCACUCUGAUUGGCUUACACCAGCCAAUCAGAGGUUUCUUAGCCUAAUUGCAGGGCGGGGCAAAGCUUUAUAAGCUUUCCCCCGCCCUGCAGAGCUUAGUCUGUGCGGAGCCCUCCAUGGGUGAAGAUUGAUUAUUUUUUUGCGCUCGGAUUUUUUAUUUUAAGUUCGGGUGUGAUUUUUUUUUUUUAUUUGGCCUAUUUUGGGGCUGAAAAAUGCAGAUUUUAGAAAAAAGAAGACGUCAAAUGGUAAGUUUAAUUUUUCUUUACAUGUUAGUUAUUUUAUUCCCUCCUCACUAUUUUUUAGGGUGAGGGGUCUAGGUAGGUGGUAACUUUUUUUGGGGUGGGGGACCCCUAGUCACCUUUGAUGGGGGGCGAUUUGUCUUAGGGCCACCACCCGCCGGUCGGGGCCGGGGGGGGGGGAGAACAGUAGGUCCCCCCAUUGUAAUUUAUGGCCCCCACCCACCGCGCAGGGGUGGGGGCCGGGGGCAGGACAGUAGGUCCCCCCAUUGUAAUUUAUGGCUCCCAUGCACUGCGCAGGGGUGGGGCCCGGUGGGAGGACAGUAGGUCCUCCCCCCUCAUUAUCUUUAUGGCCCCCACCCACCGCUCAAGGGUGGGGGGAGCCAGAGGUAGGACAGUAGGUCCUCCCCUCUCAUUAUCUUUAUCGCUCAAGGGUAGGUCCCCCCCAUUGUAAUUUAUGGCCCCCACCCACCGCGCAGGGGUGGGGGCCGGAUAGUAGGUUUUUUUUUGUUUGUUUUUUUAACAGUGAGCAGCCACAGGCUCACUGUUUAGUGGACAUGCCCCUACUCACGGUAUAGCGAGUAGGGGCAUUCAGGAAAUUUUAAUCUCCCUUAUGCUAUAAUGGGGGUCAUAUUGCCCCCCAUAGAGUGAAGGGAGGCAUGGGGGGUUUAGGAAGUGGCGGGGAGCACAGUCUUUCAGACUAAUGAAUGAAUAGAUGAAAAUCCUGUUCGCAUGUCCAAGUGUUUCAUUGGGCAUGUGCGGGAAUCUCACAGUGCUAUCUAGUGUGGGCAGAUGACGUGUCCCACAGGCACUGCAUCUACCCACACAAAGAUGGUGGCGCCCUGAAUAUAGGUCGGGGCAGAAAAUAAAGAAUAAAAAAUAGGUAAUAUGGGGGGCUUAGGGGCAUUUGGGGGUGACUAAGGAGUCAGUUAGAUGUAGUGGAGUCGGGAGGAGGGUUAAAAAAAACAAAAAACAGGAUUCGGCCAUGAUAGUGCCGCUUUAAUAAUUUUUAUUUCUAUAUUGAUUAUGUAUAUAAUGCCAUUUGCAGUAAGUGUGUUUAUGGGUUACAUCACAUUUACUGGAUAUAUACCGGUAUCUGCUUUUAUAUCAUAAUUAUUUUUUUUAUUUAUAUAUAAAUUAACAGUGAAUUUAAAAUGGAAAUUAGGCCAAAACAGCGGAUCUAGAAUAACAUUCUAUAACUGGGCAAUAAUCACCCGUUGGCUACUGCUUCCUGAUUGUUUUCAAUGCAUUGUUCAGCGAGUUAUCCAGUUUAUUGUUUACAUUUAGUCAUGGAUUUUAAAUUUGAUAUUUUAUUUUUCAAAAUAAAUCUGCCGGUACUUUAAAAAAAAAAAAUUCUUAUAUAUAUUUGUCACAAUGCCAAGUAGCAGAACCUUUUAUUUUAACAGUAGAAUUUUAGUAAGACAUAAAAGUUUGCAAAUGUGAAAUUAUCAGUUUAAUAAGCUAGUCUUAUUUUAUUGCAAUGCCUUGCAGCACAGAUCGAGAGCGAGAGAGAGAGAGAGAGAAUACCUGUAACACAUUCUAUAACACAGGAAGAUUCAAUUUCUGUGAUUCCAGACACAGAAAUCAAGACAUUUUAAUGAGUUACUCAAGCAUUACAAGGACUACAGCCUGCUGUGAGGAGUACCGAGGCCCGCUUCUCAGUAAUGAGUCAGCUGACUGCUCUCAGCCAAUGAUUGCAAUUCUGUGCAUGGGACUUAGUCAGCCUGGUGAUGCUGCUAGAGGCAGAGUUACACCUUUGGCAGCACAGAGGUUAAUCUCCAUAAGUGGAGGGUUUUACAUCCAGACGGUACAGACUCCGGGCACCACAACCACUUCAAAUCACUAUAGUUGUUGUGGUUCUUGGAAUAACCCUAUAAGUUCAGAUGCAUAAACGGUCUGAAAAAUAUAUGUGAAAGAAAUUUUUUUUUUUUUAAUGUUGGACUGUUUUAUUUUCACAAUUCUAUAACGUUUAAACAUAUGAAUACAUAAAGGGAAUCAACACAGUAAAGGAGGAGACUAUAUUUAAAAGAAGAAAAACUACCACAACAAGAGGACAUAGUCUUAAAUUAGAGGGGAAAAGGUUUAAAAAUAAUAUCAGGAAGUAUUACUUUACUGAGAGGGUAGUUGAUGCAUGGAAUAGCCUUCCCGUUGAAGUGGUAGAGGUUAACACCGUGAAGGAGUUUAAGCAUGCGUGGGAUAGGCAUAAGGCUAUCCUAACUAUAAGAUAAGACUAAGGACUAAUGAAAGUAUUUAGAAAAUUUGGCAGACUAGAUGGGCCGAAUGGUUUUUAUCUGCCGUCACAUUCUAUGUUUCUAUAUGUUUGGGAAGUUUGUUCCCUAUACUAGGAUUUGUAGACAUUGGAAUUAUAGAGAACACUGUGGUUGCAAAUUUUAGGCUCAACUUGCCAAAUUGAAAAAUAUGCCAGUUUAGCUAUUUCAGGUUAAAUUAGUUAUUCCCUUGUCACUUCUAACAUAUUCACAUUUUUAAUGAAGUUCAGAAGAGGUGCACAGAUUUGCUCUUGAAAGGGACCUUUACAUUUUCUCUGAACUACAACCCCCAUGAUGCUCUGCCAAUUUAAAGUCCUCACUGGACAGGUAAUCUGAAGUGUUUAGAAUUGCAUAGGCUGUUUAUCCCUGGGUUGGUAAAACCAUAACAUUUAACUUGCACUCUAUCACUGCAAAUUGCUCUUUAAAGGGUCACUAAAGGGUCAGAAACACAAAUGUCUAUUCCUGGCCCUAUAGUGUUAACACCACCAUCUAGCCCCCUGGGCCUUCAUGCCUCCAUAAAUAUAGUAAACAUCUUACUGUAUUCAAGCCUGAAGCUGUAACUCUGCAUGCUGUUUGACUCAGAAAAACAAGCAGUCUGCUGACAUCAUCAGAAGUGGUAGCCUGAUCCAAUCACAGUGCUUCCCCAUAGGAUUAGCUGAGACUGACAAAGAGGCAGAUCAGGGGCAGAGCCAGCAUGAUUCAAACACAGCCCUGGCCAAUCAGCAUCUCCUCAUAGAGAUGAAUUGAAUCAAUGAAUCUCUAUGAGGAAAGUUCAGUGUCUGCAUGCAGAGGGAGGAGACACUGAAUGUUUGGAUGCAUUUUAGGCAGCCAUGACCCAGGAAGGAUCUCUAACAGCCAUCUGAGGACUGGCCAGUGAAGUUAUCACUAGGCUGUAAUGUAAACACUGCAUUUUCUCUGAAAAGACCGUGUUUACAGUAUAAAGCCUGAAGGUAAUGAUUCUACUCACCAGAACAAAUUCAAUAAGCUGUAGUUGUUCUGGUGACUAUAGUGUCCAUUUAAGCCUUUGAUUUCAUUAUAACUCUCCAUGAUGGCUCUUAGUGGAGUCUAAUUGGAGAAAGCGGUCACUUAACCUUUCGCACACUACUGGAAAGCAAUCCAUCAUCCAUGAUAUGUGUUGUUUUAUUCUGAACAUUUUGUCUCCUUCAGAGCCUUGGAAACUCUCAAAAGGAAUAUGAGAAGCAUGUCGCCCUGUACAGUAUCAGAAACCAGCUGAGAUACAGGAUUAAUUUAGGUAAGAAAGUCCUGGCAUGGAUUCUGUGGGAAAGGUGCUGGCACAGUUUAAAAAAAAAAAUAGUCCUGCCAUAUGCUAAGCUGGCAAUCGUCUAUAAACCGUUUGACUUUCCGAUGUUCUUCGAAACUAAAUGAAAAUUAAGUACAAUGAUGCAAUACAAUACAACUAUAUAUUUCUAUUUACAUAUGUAAACCAAAAUAAAACAAGACAGAAAAUUAAUUGACAAAUAGUCCAGAAGUAAUGAGGGUUCCUGCCCACACAAACUUACAUUAUAAAUAAUGAGACUGUAAGAAUCCAAGAAGUAAAGAGCAACAACUGUGUGUUUAAUGUCCUUUUUGCUUGGUGGCAGAGGGUAAAUUAAGUGUGCCAGCAGUUGGGUAGUUGGAGCUAUGAUUCCAAGUAUUGAUUAUAGUGCACGACCCACCUCUGUCCCACAACCAGCUAAUCAUAGUUUAGGAAGCUGCUUUCUGGCUGCUUGAUGCCCCUCAAUGAUUUGCUGCAUAUACUGAACGCAUACAGUGAAAUAAAAUGUCCUCUAAAGAGCUAGAGUAGAUCAGUUUGCUCAAGAAAAUUUUUUUUUCCUUUACGAUAACUUAAUCUACUUUAUUCUACAAAGCAGACUAAAAUCUUUAAAUACUGCUGAAAGCAUAUCUAAAACACAUUGAAACACACAGAGUAGCCUUACAAACCAUAUGGGCAGAACUGGUUACAAUGUAUAAUGGGGAUAGGUGUUAUUGCUUAAUGUUUAUUAUUGGGACACUGUAUCUGGUAGCAGUAAUUUAUUCAAUAUGUCUAUUUCUGAUUGGUGCAUUUUAUCUGGUAGCCGUAAUUUAUUCAAUAGGUCUAUUUCUGAUUGGUGCAUUUUAUCUGGUAGCAGUAAUUUAUUCAAUACGUCUAUUUCUGAUUGGUGCAUUUUAUCUGGUAGCAGUAAUUUAUUCAAUAUGUUUAUUUCUGAUUGGUGCAUUUUAUCUGGUAGCAGUAAUUUAUUCGAUAUGUCUAUUUCUGAUUGGUGCAUUUUAUCCGGUAGCGGUAAUUUAUUCAAUAUGUCUAUUUCUGAUUGGUGCAUUUUAUCCGGUAGCGGUAAUUUAUUCAAUAUGUCUAUUUCUGAUUGGUGCAUUUUAUCCGGUAGCGGUAAUUUAUUCAAUAUGUCUAUUUCUGAUUGGUGUAUUUUAUCUGGUAGCAGUAAUUUAUUCAAUAUGUCUAUUUCUGAUUGGUGCAUUUUAUCUGGUAGCCGUAAUUUAUUCAAUAGGUCUAUUUCUGAUUGGUGCAUUUUAUCUGGUAGCAGUAAUUUAUUCAAUAUGUCUAUUUCUGAUUGGUGUAUUUUAUCUGGUAGCAGUAAUUUAUUCAAUAUGUUUAUUUCUGAUUGGUGUAUUUUAUCUGUUAGCAGUAAUAUGUGAUAACCAUGAUAUGCUCAAUUUGCUUUUUUCAGUGAAACAUGUGAAAAAGGAUGAAAGGAAAUACUAUGAGGAGCUACUAAAAUACAGCCGAGACCAUCUGAUGCUUUACCCGUACCACCUGUCAGACAUCAUGGUAAAGGGGCUGAGAUUUACUCCCUUUUCCUAUUAUAUAGGAAUAAUGGAGGUAUGUUUCACAUUGUCUUUAUUCAGUAAUAACUGUGCAUUCAGAUUUGCAGAAAUAUGUUGUUUACAUUUGUUCACUAUAGAGGUUGAUUUUAAAUUAUUUUCACAUAAUACGUUAUUUAGCCAGAGGUGCCCAUAUUUUUGAGUACAACUCUGCUUAUCUUUCUCCAAGCUUACAUAACUAAACAAUGUCCCAGGACCGAGCAGUGCAUCCGGGAUGCUAUAUUUCUAUUAUCCAUAAUAUCAUGUAUAUUAAUUGAGAGAGAAGAGACUGGAAUGGGUUAACUACAAAAAGUGGUCCCAAAAACAGUCUCUAUACCCGUAAUGUAACUGCUCCACCAAUAUGAAGCAACAAAUUGCUAAUCAUAGAGCAUUAAUGGAACUAAAAAAAAUAAAUUUUUAUUGACCCCUCUUAGGGGAAAAAAACAUAUAUAUAUAUAUAACCAACGUGAAAAGUGUAUAUACCGUGAUAAUGACAAAAACUAACUAAUAAAAUAAAGUAAUAAAGUAAAGUAAAAUAGGUUCAUCUGCUAAUCUGCGAUAAAAAUAACAGUUUGUCAGCAGCUACUUUAUUACUUUUGCACACGAUCGAUUCUGGAGCUCCCCUAAUAAUAGCAAGUACUGUGAAUCUAUCCGCUGGGGCUAUCCUCAUUAGACAAUAUUUAUAUGUGCAAUCAUAUGCACGUUACUUUAUCAAGAGUUUCACUGGUAUUUGCUAUCCCAACAGGAUACAUUGUACUUUUUUUCGUUCACACUUCAUAUCCUAUGUUGCCGGCCCACAGACACUUUGUAAUAAAGUAGCUGCUGACAAACAGUUAUUUUUAGUGGCCAUCAGAUACGGUGUGUAAUUAUUUCUUAUAUCGCAGAUUAACCUGUUUUACUUUAUUAUUUAUUUUUUGUCAUUAUCACGGUAUAUACUCUUUUCACGUUGGUUAUAUAUAUAUAUCUUUUUUCCCCCUAAGAGGGGUCAAUAAAAAUUUAUUUUUUUAGUUCCAUUAAUUCUCUAUGAUUAGCAAUUUGUUGCUUCAUACUGGUGGAGCAGUUACAUUAAGGGUAUAGAGACUGUUUUUUGGGAGCACUUUUUGUAGUUAACCCAUUCCAGUCUCUUCUCUCUUUAUUACUACUUUGGGUUAUACCCUAAAUACCCUUCAACCAAUACAUCCUCAGUGAUUGAUUGUUCUGAUCAUUCACUCUGGUUGUACUCUUUUCUAUGUAUAUUAAUUGGACUUUUUUCCAAACAUCAAACAUUUUAUGUUCUUGGUUUCUGAAAGUCAUAAUUAAAAAAUAAAUAAAUAAAAAUUCAGAAUAUAUAAAAGUCGGUUCAUGUAGCUUGCCACAAAAAGCAGAAUAAAUUAGUAACAAUUUGCAGCAACCUUCCUAAUGCUGAAUUGGGGUUUCUUCAAAUAAGAAAAAUAAAACCUAUAUUAAAAAGAGCAGAGACACAGUACUUGGUAACAGUAUAAAAACUAACAGAAAUGUAGCUUUAAAAUAUUAAAAUAGAACAAAAUAAUGGAUGUAUAUGACCACCUCUCUAUAAGUUCUAGUAUCCGUUAUGUAAAUACUUCUUAGAAUAAAUAUCUCAAUCAUAUAGUUUCAAGCACCCGCUUUCAUAUGUAUCAUUAUGCAUGCUUAUUACAUAUACUCUUUACAGAUAUCGGAUUGAAUGUGUCCAUUCAUUUAAGUCAGCAUAUGAACAACCAUCUAAAAAAAAAAUAUAAUAUUUAAAUAUAUAUAUUUGUGUUCUGGAACAAAAUGCCUGUGGCAGUGUACAUCAGCACCUGUAGCCAAGUCAUUUGGUGUAUGCUGAAACAACGUACAGACAAACUUGAAAAUAGAAGGCUAACGGAAGGAAAAGUAUAUAUUAAACAAGAACUGGGAGUAAGUAGUGUCUCAAUCAGCUCAGGAAAGCAGGCUCCUACCAGGUAAGUUUGAGUGGUUAAAGGGACACUGUAGGCACCCAGACCACUUCAGCUCAUUGAAGUAGUCUGGGUGCUGUGUCCCUUUUGCACUUAGUGCUGCAAUGUAAAAAAUUGCAGUUGCAGAAAACUGCAAUGUUUACAUUGCAGCUCUAAGUCUGCUCACAGUGCAGCCACUGGGGGCUCUUCCGGAAUCUAAACAAACCUUUCGUCCAUUAUCUGACGCUGGACGUCCUCAUGCUCUGCGUGAGGACCUCCAACAUCAGAUUUUCUCCAUAGAAAAGCAUUGAAUAAUGCUUUCCUACGGGGAAAUGCUAAUGCGAGUGUGGCCAUUGCCGCGCGUGUGCCUUACAUCUCCCAUGUCGGCGGGGGAAGGAGUGUGGGCGGAGCCUGACCCUGCACCUAGGAAAAUCUGCGCUGGAUUCAGGUAAGUGGCUGAAGGGGUUUUAGCCCCUUUAGCCCCGUGAGGGAGAGGGGGGAACCUUUUAAACCUAUACUGCCAGGAAAACGGGUUUGUUUUCCUGGCACUAUAGGAUCCCUUUAACUUCUCCCACAACACCAGGCUCAGAAACUUUAUCAUAAAACACCAGAAUGUGAGAUUUGUACUUUAAAAUGGGUGAGCACGAAAUGAAAAGUGAAAGGUUUUAUAUACACAGAUCCGUGUUGGUAUUGUGUGUUUUACGCUGUGCCUCACCUGCCACGUACACCUUCAUAUAGUAAUUUAGCAAGCAAGUCUCUCUACUAAAUAUACCACAAAGCAACCUAGCUCUAACAGCAUUCCACUGCCACUAAAACUGUUGGUAAAGUAACAGAAUGAAUAUGAAUGCAUAUAUCAUUCCAAUGUUUCUGAAUUUAAAUUAAUCUGAUCCAAUUAAAUGAGAUUAUUUAAUUUUUAGGAUAUUAUGAACAGUGAAAAGAGUUAUGACUCCCUGCCGAAUUUUACUGCUGCAGACUGUAAGUAUAGCAAUUCAUGCAAGAUACACCGUACUCGUACAUUCUGUUGUCUAAAUCACUUUUGAGCCAAUCCGUAGAUGCACAAUAUGCAACAUUUUCAGUUCUUUGGUAUAUCCUGUCUUUUUUUUUAAAUCAUGUGUUUUUUAUUUUUUUUAUUUUUUAUUUUUUUCUCGUUUAUUUUUCCCCAAGUUUUUAUAAAAACUAAUUCUGGUGGCAAAGUUCUAAUAGUGGAGUAGAACCAUUCCAUGAAGUCCCAUGGUGAUUGCUCCACAUUUUGAACUUUGCCCCAGAAUUUGUUUGUAUAUUACUCCUAAUGUAUCCGGUUUGUGUUUUGGAAAUGGUAACUUGCCCUAUCCUAUUUUUAUUGUAAUUACCACAGUCUGAAAUAGAAUGCUAUGUAACGAGUAGCAUGCCAGAGAUUCCAUUGCAUAUUUGCUGCAGACGUCUCGACCAGCAUGACUAAAUCCUCAAAGCAGAUUGUCUGUCUGACCUGACCACCUACAAACAACAAAACAAAAAAUAUUUAGGGGCUUAUUCCCUAAACAGUGCUGGAAACCAUAUUUUUUCAUUUUUAUUUGAUAAUUUGCUAAAUAUGUAUCGCAACAUGAAAAAUAAAUGCACAGAACAUAAAAUAAUUGUUUCCUGUUUCUUUUUUUUUCUUUUUUUUUUUUAAUAAAGUCAGAUAGUCUAUAUGCUAUAUGUUUGUUAUAGAAAAUGAUAGGCCUGGUUUCUCCUUAUUUCAUACUUGAUUGUGUGGGCUGUUGAAAAUGAGUUGAGAUCUCAAGACAUUUAGUAGAAAAUCUCAUUGUUUUCAGUUUUAUGGCAUAUAUUUUGAGAGCUCUACUGAAUGGAAUGGUGUUGUCUAAAUGUGAGCAGUCAUUCUCCAUAGUGAGUUUUAGAAAGAAUUUGUAGAAAUAGUUUAAUUGUUGUUUGAUUUUAGGUCUUAGGCUGCUUUCCAUUGGACGGAACCAAUAUAUUGACCUGAUGAACCAGUGCAGAUCAUCUAAGGUAAUACCUGUAUUCUCUCCUUUUUACUUGUAGCAAUUAAAAUAUAAUUUCUCCUUCAUAAAAACCUGCCUACUACCAGUAAAUGCCAGUGAUAUUAAUUUCUAUGUACUAUACUUGGCACCCAUGCUGUUUGGUUACUGAGUACAAAUUGGGGUAUCAUUUAGAAGCUGUUAUUAAUGUUACCAAUGUUCCAAUUUCUAAACUCGAGCCACUAAUCUUGCAUUAUAAUGUAUCACAGAGGACUGUUUUCAUUCAUUGUCUUACCUGUGUAAUAAUGUUGUUAUUGUUUCAUAUAGAAUAUGCUUAGUUCUGAUUUAAUAUUGUGUUUUAGAAAUUCUUCAGAAGGAAAACUGCCCGGGAUCUGCUUCCUUUGAAACCAGUGGAAAUCACCAUUGAGCCUUGGUGGGUGGUCCAGGCUGGUUACAUCACAGAGGAUGAUAUCAAGGUAUGCAUUCUGGUUAUUGUUCCUAGAGAUAUAUCCCAGUAAUUCAUUUGUCAGCUGUUUGGCAGAUUACCCCUGAUAGGAGGCAUGAAACCAUACUUUACUCUUUUGUAUUAUCGGACUUUGUGUACCUUAUGUUUCCUGUUGGCCGAUUGGCCUUAUAAUGUUUCCAAACCAAAGAUUGGCUAACCACACAGACCUUGUAUGAGAGCAAUGGGACUCUGCUUCAUGCAAACUCAGGAAAUCAUCACGUUUCUCUUGUAGAGAGCGUCUGUAAGGUCUUGAAAUCUGUAAAAUUUAAACCUUUUUGGAUGAUUUAUUUAAAAACAAAAUAAAACAAAAUGUGUAGGAUAAGAGCGGACUCCUACAUUUUAGUCUAGUUCGGAUUAAAUGUCCUGAUAGAAAUCAACUUCCCUUCUCAUUGUUUGCUUCAUCAAAAUGCUAAUGCUGGUGAUUUCAUCCUUGGAGUUGAACAUAAUGUCUUUUUAUUUUGCAUAAAAUUAGUUAAUUCAACAUUUGCUAUUUUAAUAGAAACUUGCAUGUAUUUGUUUUUUUCCUUUGGUUUGUAUUGUAUAUCUUGGUAGCAUAGCAGUAUAGAUUUAUUCAGAGAGAGGUACUCUUUCACUUUAAAGCUAUGUCUGCCAGAAAGCCUAAUAAUCCAGUUCCUUCUGUUCCUUCUAUUCUGCAAUCUUGCUUUCACCCAUGUAAUUGAAUCUAACGCUUCUCUAAAAGAAACAUUCAAAGCAUUCAACAGUGACAAAUAUAAGGUCUUUUAACUAUUGGAAGUCUUCACAAGGAAGUGUCUCUAGUGGCUUUUUGACUGACAAAUGUAUUGUGUGCUAAUUCUCACAAUCAGCAAUGUUUUAAUUUAUUAAAAUAUAUGGACAUAGUCUAUGCACCAGAACCACUAUAUUAAGGUGUAGUUUUUUUGGUACAGUGUCCCUUUAAGCACAUAUGUUUAGUAUAUCUUUAAAGAACACUCCAGAAACCUAAAACACUUUUGCUUUAUGUAUGAAAAGUUGGUCCUAUUUGUUUAAUUUUACAAAGAGUUCAGAUUUAAAUAGAAAUUGCCACUUUUAUAAAAUAACUUUGUUACAUCCCCCUGGUUGCCAAUCAGACAACUGGUGCUGCCACUUCCUGGUUAUUUAGCUCAGUGAAGUUAAACUCAAGAGGCAGCAAUUACCCAGAACACCUGCCUUGCAAAGACUUCUCAUUGAGCUGCAUUGGGAAGUCUGUAAUUGGACAGUCACAGAAAGUCUGAGCUUUGAAAGAAGGGGCUUGCAAAGGUUUUAGACAAGCAAUCUUCAGCUUUUUCAAGCUAUAUUUAGAUGGACCGUAUAGUCACCAGAACAACUUCAACUUAAAGGACCACUAUAGUGCCAGGAAAACAUACUCGUUUUCCUGUCACUAUAGUGCCCUGAGGGUGCCCCCACCCUCAGGGACCCCCUCCUGCCGGGCUCUGGAGAGAGGAAGGGGUUAAACACUUACCUUUCUCCAGCGCCGGGCGGGGAGCUGUACUCCUCCUCUCCUCCUUGCUCGCGACGUCAUCGGCUGAAUGCGCGUGCGCAUUCAGCCGGUCGCAUGGGAAAGCAUUUACAAUGCUUUCCUAUGGACGCUUGCGUGCUCUCACUGUGAUUUUCACAGUGAGAAGCACGCAAGCGCCUCUAGCGGCUGUCAAUGAGACAACCACUAGAGGCUCUGGAGGCUGGAUUAACCCUCAGUAUAAACAUAGCAGUUUCUCUGAAACUGCUAUGUUUAUUAAAAAAAGGGUUAAUCCUAGAGGUACCUGGCACCCAGACCACUUCAUUAAGCUGAAGUGGUCUGGGUGCCUAGAGUGGUCCUUUAAUGUAGUUGUUCUGGUGAGUAUAAUAAUUCCCUUCAGGCAUUUUCAUGCAUCACUGCCUUUUCAGUGAAAAAGCAGUGUUUACAUUCCCCCUAGUAACUCCUCCAAUUGGCCACACCUCAGAUGGCCACUGAAGGUGCGUUCAGCGGAGACGCAAACAUUUUCUCAUAGAGAUGCAGUGAUUCAUUGCAUCUUUAUGAGGAAAUGCUGAUUGGCUAAAACAGCGUUUGGCCCCACUCCCUCCUUGACGAUUUCAGCCAAUCCAAUGCUUUCCUCAAGGUGAAUUUUCACCUUUUCUAAGGGGGCUAAAGAGGGGCAAGUCACCUAAAUGGUGGAUUAAACACUGUGGCGUCAGGAAUACAUGUUUAUUUUAAUGAUAUUGUUACGUUAACUAUAUUGUUAUCCUUGAAUACUAAGCAAUCAGAUUAUUUCAAGUCCGGUCUACCUAAAACAAAAAAAAUUCCCUUGGAUUCUGGCUUCAGAAUAAUGUGACAGAGUUGUAUUAAUCUUGUUUUUUGUAAUUAUUGGGUGGUGUACAGAAAUAGCAGCUAGCGAUAUUAUUCUGAGAAAAAGUGUGGUUGUUGCAUGCAGUCUUGUUCUAAAUCUAUAUUUGGUCAUUUCAGAUGUGCAGCACAGCAGAAAAACGCGCUAUUGAUAAAAUUAUUGACUCUGGGCCUCAGCUUGCUGGUUCUCUGGAGUACAACGUAGUGCACAGUAAGCCAUUUACAGAAAAAAUAUUUCAAGGUGGUAUAGCAUAUCAACUAAUGAAACAGAGACAAGACGUAGUCUUUAUUCAGAUGCGUUCCUUCAUGCUAAAUAAUCUGUUAAAUAUUCAAAUUAUCUUCCUUGAAACUCUGUGUGCUUGUGUCUUAAUAUUAUUUUUUGCCAAAUUGUACACAGCCGAAAAGUAUUGUACUUUGUAUCCAGUCGACCCUCAUAUACGUGAUCAAGCAUCUCUUGCAAAUUUUAUUUUUCUAAAAAAAAAAAAACCUGCCUUUUAUUUAUAAAAAAAAAUUUUUCCUCAUAUUCUCUCUAUCUUUCUAGGCUUGUAUAAUAAAGGAUUUAUUUAUCUUGAUGUACCAAUCUCAGAUGACAGCUGCAUAGCAGGUAAGUGUCUAAUGACUCUUUCUCCAGCUAUUAAAAUAUGUUGAUUUUUACAUUUUAUAAGACUACUAUCACCUAUCUCAGCAAACAAAUAUGGGGAUUCAUUUCCACCAUAUGGCCAUAUUGUGUUAAAGGACCACUCUAGUGCCAGGAAAACAUACUCUAUAGUGCCCUGAGAGUACCCCCACCCUCAGGGUCCCCCUCCCGCCUGGCUCUAGGAGGUGGAAGGGGUUAAACUUACCUCUUUCUCCAGCGCCAGGCGGGGAACUCUCCUCCCCCUCUCCUCCUUCUUGGCUGAAUGCGCAUGCGCUGCAUGAGCCGUGCGUGCAUUUAGCCAAUCCAUAGGAAAGCAUUCACAAUGCUUUCCUAUGGACCCUGGCGUCUUCUCACUGUGAAAAUCACAGUGAAAAUCGCGGAAGCGCCUCUAGCGGCUGUCAAUGAGACAGCCACUAGAGGCUGGAUUAACCCUAUUAUAAACCCUAUUAUAAUUCCAAACGUGGGAGACAAAUAAAAUAGUUAAAGUGUAUUUAAGCGUUCCUCAAUCUGUAUUAUGUGUAAACUUUUGGUCACUUCGGCAACACCAUUCCUACAAAAUACACGUUUCAGGUGUGCCCCCAAUAUCUUUUUGACUUUACAGGGAUUUGUAACUUUUCAGUAUUUCAUAAAGAUAUAAUCUUUAUUGAAAUUCCAACUCAGUUCAAGCAUACCAUAAGACAAGUCGAACGACUCCUUUCUCCAGCUGUUAAAGUAUGUUUAAUCCUUGAGCCUCUUUUAGAUAUAAAGCAGACGUUCAAUGGACCACCAUCCCACAGAGCUAUAUCCUUAAGCAACAAAUGAAUCCUCCGUGUUGCAAUCCUCAGAUCUACAAUAUUCCUGGUGGGCUAAAUACCCCUCCUCCUGGGUCUACACCAACUAUUCCCCAGUACAUUUGACUUACAGAAGGGUAGACAUGUGCCUGAAUGAUGGGGCAACAGUGUCCAAAAUUAAUGAUGUUACGAUUGUCAAAAUUACUUGGUUGGACCAUGACUCAGUGAAUACAUCCUUUUUUAUUGUACACUCUACAAAGGGAAGGGGAAACUGUAGGUUAAAUAAAUCACUUCUGGUGGACAAAGUGUUGGAUCUGGAAGUGGAAAAACCUCUCUCAAAGAUUACUUUCACACCAACACUUCUGAUGAUACCCCUGCCCGCAUGAUUCGGCUGUCUUAUAAGGUAGUUCUCCGAUGCAUUCUUAUAAAAGCAGGGGCGCAUAGAAAAUGACUGAGUCUGUCUUGGUCAUGGCUCCUCCAGGAGUUACUUAGACUAGAGGGGGACAAUAAGAGACACCAUUCCUGUUAUUCACCCACGAAAAUACUUGUCUUCUGAGAUGUAUCAAAGAAACUUACUACUCUCAGGGUAAUAGAGCAAAUAAGCUUCUUGCAGCUAAAUUAAAUAAGCAGCAGUCAUUAUACAAGAUAAUUUUCUUGCUUUCAGCAUAUGGAACUAAGCUAUCCAAUCCCACACAGAUUGUAAAUGAACUGGCCUCUUUUUUAAUGCCUCUCUAUAUAACGUGGCUUCUGAUCAUAAUGUAUAAAACUCAAUUCACAGAUAAUACAUAUUUGUAUUUUAAUGCUUGGCUAGUAGCAUAGGUUUAACAUUUUUGAACUGCAUGAGACUAUGUAGGCACCUGUGAUUGGCAAUUCAUGGGAACAAGUGUUUUCUCCAGUGACAUUUUUAGUAAUUCCUAAAUACCAAACAGAAAUAAAUUCAUUUCUAGAAGGAGUGUAUCUUCCCCCUGAACGGAAUACAAGAGGGAGAUAUUAAAAAAUAUAUAUAUUACACAGAAGAUGAGAUCCUCUCCCAAUCUCGUCAUAAAGUUCCCAUCCCAGAUGGAUUUUCUUCACAAUGCUAUUGCAAAUUUCCAUAAAUUGACAGCAUAGAGCAGGGAUAGGCAACCUUCGGCACUCCAGAUGUUGUGAACUUCAUCCCCCAUAAUGCUCUUACACUCAUAUUGCUGGCAAAGGAUCAUGGGAGGUGUAGUCCAAAACAUCUGGAGUGCCGAAGGUUGCCUAUGCCUGGCAUAGAGCAUGAGAACCCUCUUACAGAUGCUCUCCUACUCUCUGCCACAGUGCUUUUUAAGUGUGUCAAGUUUUGUGUAGCUGAAUAAACUGUAAUGUUUUGUCUAUAUAGAUAUCAGUUUGUGGUCAGAGUACAGGUUCAUUGAUGUAAGCUACAUUGUAAACUAAUCCAAUAUUGUUAAUCUUCAGUGCCUCCACUUGAAGGAUUUGUGAUGAACAGAUUGCAAGGAGACUAUUUUGAAACUCUUCUUUACAAGAUAUUUGUUUCCAUUGAUGAACAUACAAAUGUAGCUGAAGUAAGUUUUAUCUGUGACUUAAUGAUAUCCUGCUCUAUAUUAAUAUGUAGUUAAACAUUUUGGGAGAUGGCUGUUAUUUCUGCUAUGUGCCAAACAGUAUACUGCCCAAAGUUUAUUCAUGGAGUGCUACAUGCGCAAGGUUUAUAGAUAACCAGUAUUGUACAGCUCUCAAUCAUUUAGCGAUGAAGUUGUAUAAUGCUUUCCUAUGUGAGAAAUCCUAGUGCGAGCGUGGCAAUCGACAUGCAUGCACAUUAUGUUCCCUCCUCCCUACCGGUUUAUUGGAGGGGGGAGGGGGGCUUGAAUCAGCACCCAGGAACAUUGGUGCUUGAACCAGGUAAGUGCAGAAGGCUGGGGGACUGUUCCCAUUUUGUUUCUUGUAGUACAAUGAGAGGCUUAAUGGUACACUCCAGGCAACAAAACAACUUCAUCUAAAUUAAGUCGUUAUGGGUGCCAGGAGGCCUGUGAAGGCACACUUACAUCAAGGGGUUAAACCGUUCUUAAAUGGUUUAGCCACAGAUUUGCCUCCAGCGGUGAUGUCCACUUCCCCCAGACAUCCAGCUCAGAAUUUCUUAUUCAGGAAGCAUGGAGUGCCUCUCGAUAGGGGCGACGCUGAUUGGUCAGCUGAUGCUCUCAGCCAAUCAGUGUCAAUGGCUUGACACAAGUACAUUUCUUUCUGAUGCUUUCUGAUUUCUUUCUGACUGGUUGAUGCUCUCAGCCAAUCAGUGUCAAUGGCUUGACAAAGGUACAUUUCUUUCUCAAGCUAGUUUAGCGAAUAAUAAACAUUGGCCGCUGGAGGCAACUCUGUGGCUUACCUGUUCAAGAAUGGUUUAACCCCUUGAGGUAAGAGUGCAUCUAGGGACACUCCAGGCACCAUAACAACUUGAUUUAGAUAAAGUUGUUUUGGUGUCUUGAGUGUCCCUUUAAAGCUGUUGUUUAUAGGCUGAUAGUCGCACAAAAUCAGCAACUUUUUCAGUGCCGGCAAAAUAGUGUUGCCUCCCUUCGUUCGAUUUAGAUUUGCCAGAAGGUUGAGCAACCAAUCAGCAUGACUGAAGCAUUAUAAUACCCUAGAACAGGGGUAGUCAACCAUUGGCACUCCAGCUGUAAUGCUGGCAAAGCAUCAUGGGAGACGUAGCCACACAUAUUGAAAGCUGAAGGCUCCAUUCUCCUGUCCCACCUAGAGCUUUGAGGAUCGGAUUGCACGUUAAAGAAAAUGAACAGAUAAUGAGUGAUAUUUCCACUUAUAUGUUUUCAAGUUAUAAGGGUGGUCUUUGAAUGAUGACAGUUGCUCUGAAUUUUGGCAAAGGUAUUUGAAAUCACUUUGACAUAAUAAUAAGGGACUGCAUCUGCUGCUUCCUAGCACCACAAUCUCAACAAUAAGAUGUAAUGGUUCUGGUGCACGUAUUGUCUUUAUCUGACAUUUUCAGUUACAAUCACUCUGUUAACCAAGAUGAUUCCCAGGCUGUCAUAUGGUGUAAUCUGACCAUUUCACUUGUUUUCUAUUUAUAUUACAUUAUACUUUUUAUCUCUGUAUACCCUUCUAAUCAUAUUUUUUUUUCUUUUUUUUUCUUCAGUUGGCAAAUGUUCUAGAAAUUGAUUUGUCCCUAGUAAAGGUAUGUCGUGUCUUGUACUGGUUUACAAUUAAAAUUCCACUACAUAGAAGAUUAUCAAGACUUGCCUUCCAUGUCGAUCGAAUUAUCUCCUUUUUGUUACAGAUUAACCCUUUAAAGGGUGGAUAGGGAAUAUAGAACACAAUGUGAUGUGUUUUUUUUUUUUGCAAGCAAAGUAUUUAUAUCCAGUACUUUUACGCGUAAAAUUAAAACACAUGUUAUUUAGUUUUAGAAAAGUAGUAAAUGUCUUUUUUGACUGGAACGUUCUGACACCAUGGCCACUAAUUAUUGUGGUUAUGACAAGGUACAUUUGACUUCCUUUAGCGCUGUUCGUAAAGAAUGCUAAGUUAGCCAUGAGAUGCAAACAAAGCCAAGAAAAAAAAGUUCCUUGCACACUGUAUAUAACUUUCUAUAAAACCUCAUAGAAACAUAGAUUGUGACGGCAGAUAAGAACCAUUUGGCCCAUCUAGUCUGCCCAGUCGUAAGGACUACAUUAGAAUGUCAUCAAAAUUUCAAGCAAUCAGAAAGUAUACAAGACCAGGGCUCAAACAUUCCACUCUCCAGCAGGCAUUGAAAAUUCUGGCAAGUAGACAUUCACCUCUGUUGAUUGUACCAUGGAUCCUCCAGGCUUGCAGUUAACAUUUAUUGGGACACAAUAGUCACCAGAACCACUACAGCUUAAUGUAGUGGUUCUGGUGUCUACAGAAUUUUCCUGAACACUUUUCAAUGUAAAUGCUGCCUAAUAACAUCUCUAGUGGCAGUGAUUCAGACUGCCACUCAUGUUACUCCCUAUCUCAGUGCAGCACUGGCAAUCAGCUUCUCCGCGUUCUGCAUGAAGACGCUGAAUGUUCCCCAUGCUUUGAUUGGGAAAGUACUGGAUUGGUUGACAUCGUCGAGAUUGAUAUCCCACUGCAUCCUGUGGUUGGCAAUUGAUGGGAACAAGAUUUUUUAGUAAAUACCUGGCAUUUCACUGCCUGAGAUCAUCAAUUGAUGAUCUUCUGGUUUCUUCUAUAGAUGUAUACUCUCAGACAUCAAUAAGAGUAUAAACAUGGUAAAUGAAACUUCCAGAGCCGAAGAUGAAGACAAAAAGAAGCAUGGCAGUGCAAGCAAUGGGAAAGGCUAUCUGCAUUUCUCUCCUCCAGCUGGGUAAAACCAUGGCAGUGCGAGCAAUGGGAAAGGCUAUUUGCAUUCCUCUUCUCCAGCUGGGUAAAACCAUAGCAGUGCGAGCAAUGGGAAAAGCUAUCUGUAUUCCUCUUCUCCAGCUGGGUAAAACCAUGGCAGUGCGAGCAAUGGGAAAAGCUAUCUGUAUUCCUCUUCUCUAGCUGGGUAAAACCAUGGCAGUGCAAGCAAUGGGAAAGGCUAUCUGCAUUCCUCUUCACCAGCUGGGUAAAUCCAUGGCGGUGCGAGCAAUGGGAAAGGCUAUCUGCAUUCCUCUUCACCAGCUCUGUAAAACCAUGGCAGUGUGAGCAAUGGGAAAGGCUCUCUGCAAUCCUCUUCUCCAGCUCUGUAAAACCAUGGCAGUGUGAGCAAUGGGAAAGGCUAUCUGCAUUCCUCUUCUCCAACUGGGUAAAACCAUGGCAGUGUGAGCAAUGGGAAAGGCUAUCUGCAUUCCUCUUCUCCAGCUGGGUAAAACCAUGACAGUGUGAGCAAUGGGAAAGGCUCUCUGUAUUCCUCUUCUCCAGCUCUGUAAAACCAUGGCAGUGUGAGCAAUGGGAAAGGCUAUCUGCAUUCCUCUUCUCCAGCUCGGUAAAACCAUGGCAGUGUGAGCAAUGGGAAAGGCUAUCUGCAUUCCUCUUCUCCAGCUGGGUAAAACCAUGGCAGUGCGAGCAAUGGGAAAGGCUCUCUGCAUUCCUCUUCUCCCUCUUCUCCAGCUCUGUAAAACCAUGGCAGUGUGAGCAAUGGGAAAGGCUAUCUGCAUUCCUCUUCUCCAGCUGGGUAAAACCACGGCAGUGCGAACAAUGGGAAAGGCUAUCUGCAUUCCUCUUCUCCAGCUGGGUAAAACAACGGCAGUGCGAGCAAUGGGAAAGGCUAUCUGCAUUCCUCUUCUCCAGCUGGGUAAAACCAUGGCAGUGCGAGCAAUGGGUUCCUCUUCCCCAGCUGGGUAAAGCCAUGGCAGUGUGAGCAAUGGGAAAGGCCAUCUGCAUUCCUCUUCUCCAGCUGGGUAAAACCAUGGCAGUGCGAGCAAUGGGUUCCUCUUCUCCAGCUGGGUAAAACCAUGGCAGUUCGAGCAAUGGGAAAGACUAUCUGCAUUCCUCUUCUCCCUCUUCUCCAGCUGGGUAAAACCAUGGCAGUAUGAGCAAUGGGAAAAGCUAUCUGCAUUCCUCUUCUCCAGCUGGGUAAAACUAUGGCAGUGCGAGCAAUGGGAAAGGCUAUCUGCAUUCCUCUUCUCCAGCUGGGUAAAACCAUGGCAGUGUGAGCAAUAGGAAAGGCUAUCUGCAUUCCUCUUCUCCAGCUGGGUAAAACCACGGCAGUACGAACAAUGGGAAAGGCUAUCUGCAUUCCUCUUCUCCAGCUGGGUAAAACCAUGGCAGUAUGAGCAAUGGGAAAGGCUAUCUGCAUUCCUCUUCUCCAGCUGGGUAAAACCAUGGCAGUGCGAGCAAUGGGUUCCUCUUCUCCAGCUGGGUAAAACCAUGGCAGUAUGAGCAAUGCGAAAGGCUAUCUGCAUUCCUCUUCUCCAGCUGGGUAAAACCAUGGCAGUUUGAGCAAUGGGAAAGGCUAUCUGCAUUCCUCUUCUCCCUCUUCUCCAGCUGGGUAAAACCAUGGCAGUGCGAGCAAUGGGAAAGGCUAUCUGCAUUCCUCUUCUCCAGCUGGGUAAAACCAUGGCAGUGUGAGCAAUAGGAAAGGCUAUCUGCAUUCCUCUUCUCCAGCUGGGUAAAACCACGGCAGUACGAACAAUGGGAAAGGCUAUCUGCAUUCCUCUUCUCCAGCUGGGUAAAACCAUGGCAGUGCGAGCAAUGGGUUCCUCUUCUCCAGCUGGGUAAAACCAUGGCAGUUUGAGCAAUGGGAAAGGCUAUCUGCAUUCCUCUUCUCCAGCUGGGUAAAACCAUGGCAGUGCGAGCAAUGGGUUCCUCUUCUCCAGCUGGGUAAAACCAUGGCAGUUCGAGCAAUGGGAAAGACUAUCUGCAUUCCUCUUCUCCCUCUUCUCCAGCUGGGUAAAACCAUGGCAGUAUGAGCAAUGGGAAAAGCUAUCUGCAUUCCUCUUCUCCAGCUGGGUAAAACUAUGGCAGUGCGAGCAAUGGGAAAGGCUAUCUGCAUUCCUCUUCUCCAGCUGGGUAAAACCAUGGCAGUGCGAGCAAUGGGAAAGGCUAUCUGCAUUCCUCUUCUCCAGCUGGGUAAAACCAUGGCAGUGCGAGCAAUGGGUUCCUCUUCUCCAGCUGGGUAAAACUAUGGCAGUGUGAGCAAUGGGAAAGGCUAUCUGUAUUCCUCUUCACCAGCUGGGUAAAGCCACGGCUGUGCGAACAAUGGGAAAGGCUAUCUGCAUUCCUCUUCUCCAGCUGGGUAAAACCACGGCAGUGCGAGCAAUGGGAAAGGCUAUCUGCAUUCCUCUUCUCCAGCUGGGUAAAACCAUGGCAGUGCGAGCAAUGGGUUCCUCUUCCCCAGCUGGGUAAAGCCAUGGCAGUGUGAGCAAUGGGAAAGGCCAUCUGCAUUCCUCUUCUCCAGCUGGGUAAAACCAUGGCAGUGCGAGCAAUGGGUUCCUCUUCUCCAGCUGGGUAAAACCAUGGCAGUGCGAGCAGUGGGUUCCUCUUCUCCAGCUGGGUAAAACCAUGGCAGUGUGAGCAAUGGGAAAGGCUAUCUGUAUUCCUCUUCCCCAGCUGGGUAAAGCCAUGGCAGUGCGAGCAAUGGGAAAGGCUAUCUGCAUUCCUCUUCUCCAGCUGGGUAAAACCAUGGCAGUGCGAGCAAUGGGAAAGGCUAUCUGCAUUCCUCUUCUCCAGCUGGGUAAAACCAUGGCAGUGCGAGCAAUGGGAAAGGCUAUCUGCAUUCCUCUUCUCCAGGUCGGUAAAACCAUGGCAGUGCGAACAAUGGGAAAGGAUAUCUGCAUUACUCUUCUCCAGCUGAAUAAAACUAUGGCAGUGGACAUGUCAUCUUGGGUUUUCUAUGAAAACAAAUUAAGUUUUCACUAUCACUAAAUAUCAAUAUCAGACAAACCUCUAAGUGGAGCCCUUGACUAAUAUAUAUUUAAAACAUAAUAUAUUCAUAUUCACUUUAAAAGCAAAACUGAGAUUUCAAAUAGACCUUUGGGGCCUAAAUAAUAAUACAUUUUAAAUAUACAAAUAUAGGCUACAUAGAUAUAGCAAAUGGCUGUAAAAAACAAGAGCAAAGAAAACACAGACAGACGCUCAUCUUUCUUCAUCCUCUGGGUGGCAACAUGGACUAGUACGUUACCUGCGCACUGUCACGAAGUUUAUUGUAUACUUAAUUCAUUUUUAAGUACCAUUGUAUGUCCUUAGAAUGCCAAGUCAGUUCUCUUUGUGGAUCUUGUGUUAUUGUGUAUUUAAGAUCUUAUGGUUACUUCGGUUUUAGUGUAAUUAAUGUUUGCCCAGAUUAGAAAUGUUUAUGUUUUCCCAUGUUCUACGUAGAGAACAAUCAUGCACUAUGUACAAUACUUUGGCUGUAAGCACAUUUGAGCUGGGCACCCUGCACCUUCUGUUCUUGUACUUAACACCUGUCUUUUUUUCAAAUACCUGUUUGUUAAUCCACCUAUUAAACAGUGUUACGGAAUAUGUUGGUGCUUUAUUAAGAAUAAUUAUGGGGGUAAGGAGGCAUGUCAUGCUCUCAUUCUUUAAUAAGGGGGUUCUUGUCACUGCGGCACCCGACUAAUAAUUUCAAUGAAUAAAACAAAUCUAUGUUCUGUAAGUUGCAAGAAAUGUUAGUAUUAAAACUGCUAGAUCAUUUAUUAACAAAGUAAAUCUUUAUAGUUACUGCAUAGUUUACUUAAUCAUGAACUGAUAUUGUUUUGCCAUUUAGCUCCUUGCCCACCAUUUCUUAUAUUAAAAGACUCAAUCCCACUUUCAUUGUAUCUGCUAACGGUGUUCUUUAACCAGUCUUUUUAUCCUUAAAUUCAUGUCUUAUAAUGGUUUUGUGUCCCCCCAGAAUGCAGUCUCCAUGUAUUGCCGUUUAGGGUUUGCCUUCAAAAAGGGUCAAGUUAUCAAUCCAGACCAACUUCACCAAUCCUGGAGGAAUGUGGCAUCGUUAAAUAAACUGAAGUAACUAUUGCAUAUCGCUUUUUAAUUAAUAACUGUGCUUUUCUUAGUCUCUUGCAUCUUGGUUGGAUAGCAUAACAUAUGAUUAAGCUCCAAAAUGUUUUAAAUAAAAAAACAAUGUUUAAAAUAAAUUAUUUUAAUUGGGGAUGUUGAAAAAUGAUUAAACUGUAGGGAAUAGGUGUAAAAUGUUUUAUAGUAAAUACCUCCGAUAUAAACUACUUGAAAUGACUUAUUACAUACCUAAAGCAGAAUGGAAUUAUUUCAAGCUGUUGAAGCUACUUACAGUUACCUGUGUUAGACAUAGCAUUAUGCUAUCUAAACUGUUAAUUUUAAAACACUAUGGGUAACAAGUGGUACUUUUGACCAAAAAAAAACCAAACAAGAAAUAGGUGGUUAAUUCUUAAUUAGGCUCUGAGCCAGACAUGGACGGAGAUAAAACCCCACUACUGGUAUACGGACAAAUCUCUGACUUGGAGACCUAGCAAUCACCUUCUGAGCUUCCAGAACAAGUGUGGGAAGUACAUGCAUUUGUACGUCUUACUUAGAACAUUCUAAAUAAUAGUUCUUUGUAAUAAACAGGAGUACUUUGGAUCCUCAGAAGAUGCUGCUUUCAUGGGAAAGCACAGAAAACAAGAGCCCAGUUCAAGAUCUUGCUUCAUCGGCAACAGACACGGACACAAACAGUCAAGAAGAUCCAGGUAAGAAUGUGCCAAGAUUUACGAAACCUGAAGAAGCAAGGCCUCAUUUCAAUAUUUUUGGAUAAGCUUUUCAAAUGAUUUAUCUACAAAAAUCCCAUGAUUUUAGAUUAUGUUGACAAUGUCUUCCCAUAUCAUAAAAAAAAAAAACAAACAAAAAAAACAAACACAAAUUAUUAGAUUAGAGUAAAUCUAUAAUCGAGAAUCCUUUUUUGUUGUUGUUUUUUUGUGUGUUGUAUUUCCUAGAUUAAUUCUGUGUGCAGUUUGCAGAAAUAUUUUUGUAUGUUUGCUGAAACUUAUUUUUGUCUAACAUAAAGUGUGAUUUCUUUCUUUUUUUAUUGCAGCUGAUACAUCUAGUGUCAGCAGCCUCAAUCUGACAACUGGGCACACUAAAAGAAUUGCUUUCCUAUUUGAUUCGACACUUACUGCCUUUCUGAUGAUGGGAAACCUCUCACCAGUAUGUCAUCUAUUUGUUCUGUAAACUUACUUUAGAAAGCUUCCUUCAGGCGCUUUUUAACUUGAAAGAUUUAUUGUGUUUAAUGUUCUCUGACAGCAGCUAAAAUGGAUUGUCUCGCUAUCAACUUUCUUCCUCAUUUCAUUUGAACUAUUUUUUUUUUUUUUGGUCUGUGAAAUCAUAACUUCAAAAAUACAUUAUAUAAAAGUAAAACUACUUUAAGUUAAAGUAAAAUAUAUAAAUUGUAUUUUCUUCUCUCUUUAAAAUGUAUCAAAGCUAUCUAUAUAUAAAUAGCAAUUAUGUGGCACACUGCUUUUAGUGGAGUUGUCAGAUGGAAUGUUCAGUUCGUUUCCAUGGUGAUUACUUCAUAUUUAGAAUUUGGUCCCAUAGUAGCUCUUUUUACAAAACGCCUAUACGGCUGUGCUAUAGAGAAGUCUUACCAAUCAUAAGAUGAUAAUGCGCUGGUUAUAGGAAAGAGGAUCUGUACUUAAUGGAAUAUAUGUAUUUUUAAUGUUCGAGUGUCCCUGUAAGUGUUUAGAUUAUGGCUGUCUCCCCAGUUUUCUUGGUGCAGCCGCUCAGCCUCCCCCUUAAAUUAGGGAUGAUGACUUUUGUCCGGUUUAAUGCCAUUGCCACACUUCGCCACUCAAAUGCUUCUUUAUAAAAGGAUUUGGACGCAUUUCGCUUCAUCACUCUGGACAUCAUGACACAGAACAUGAAGAGCUCUGAUAUUCAGAGUGACAGCUGCUGGAGCCGGGGUUUCUGAUAAAUGAAAAUAUUUACAUUUCUCAAAAACAUUAGUGUUUUACUUCAUCUGAAUAAAGGGGCAGCAUAUAUGAACAAAGCCACUUAAUUUAGCUGAAAUUGUUUGGGUGCUUAGCCUGUACCACAAAUUAAUUUUUUGACAAUGUAUCAUACUUAAAAAAGUCGAAUAUUGGGGGGCGGGGCCUGACCGCCGAGCGGGAAGGACGUGGGGCACCUCGGCUCCUCUAGGAAACCACCACAAUCAGGCAGAAAUUCCCUUUUUAUGCCUGAGAUUGGCGACCAGUGACCACAUGAAGGCGAAGAGGACACAAAAAAUCAGUGCCAAUAUCAGCACCCGUCCUGCCGGCAGAGCGGACUACUGGGCGGAUGGGAUUGAGGCCUGCCGUGAGGCUCUGGCGGGAGAAACGGCCGAUCUCCCGUGCUUGGUCCGGCGGGUCAUCUCGUGAGCCUACUGAGGGCCCCGUUCCCCCCCCCGUGGGCCGGGGGGGUUAUCCCGGACCCCACCAGAGAGGCAGUGACCGCUUUCACCAUUCGAGCUGCGAAAGGAUUAAAGCAGGACCGCAUGGCAAAACCCAAAAUGGCCGCCGCGCCCAGUACAAACCGAAGAAAGAGCUCCCAUCCACCUAAGCAGAAGCUACAACUCCUUGUGCUACUGGCAGACCAAGGGGAUCUUACCUGGACUCUCACACUGCUCACACAGAGUGGGCACAGCACGCAGGCUCCCUCAUGUACCCAAGGCUGAUGCUGGCAAAGCAUAAAAGUGAACACACCCAUAGCCUGCAAGUACCGAAGCAAUCUACCAACCAGCGGGAAACACAAGCGACCUGGAGAUGGCAGAGACACCAGCCGCCCCAGAGCUGCUGCAGAAGUAACUAAGCGGCUGCUAACCAUGCAGACUGAUAAUCCUGCAGAGUACUGUAUAUACUUCAGUUUUGCAUUGACUUUUUAAUAUCAUUUAUGCUUGUAAUACAGUUGAAUUUAUCACCGCAGGGAAAUCACUUACACCUGUCUAUGCCUGAAUAUAUGCAUUACCCGGCAAGCUUAGUGACUCGCUGCCCCUGGUGGUUAAUUUAAAAAGUGCGGAGAAAUUUACACCUAACGAUGUUUAAUAUAACCUGCAACUUAUUAAUUGUAUGUACAUACAAUAACUACUUAGCUAAGCGUAUUUGGCACAGAUCUUAAAGUUUUAUAUACAUGUUCCAAGCUUAGACCACGCCUGUUAUAUCUAUCUAAACAAAAGCGACUUGGUGUUGAAUUCUUGGCGUAUCUGAUACGUUUAACCCAUGUUAUUAAGCAUGCCAUUAGUUUAAAUACUGAUACUAUCUCGUGUAUUAACUCUUAGUUGGUUAUCAAACUCGUUAUGUUUCAUUUUUUCUUUGUUUCAAUGCACUAAGCACAAAGCCAUUUGUCCUCGACUCAAUUCUAUAAAGCGAUGUCUUAGCAUGACCUCUACUCCUACCUUUCCCUAAACCACGUUAUCAAUCGGUGGGCAAAGCGACGGUUCCAUCUAGGUGGUUAGGAAAUAUACAAUGUAAACCUGUCUGUUUUUUCGUUUAAAAAAAAAAAAAAAGUGCAAUGUUUCUGAUGCCAUGUAAACAUAUGUGAAUGCCAAUCGAUCUGCACCAGCUAUUGUGGCAGUGCAAAUUGUAUGUCUUAUCCCUGCACGAACAAAAUAAAGAAUUUAAAAAAAAAAAAAAAAAAAAGUCGAAUAUUUUGUUUUGUGUGAUAUUUCCAAAAAAACCUCUUUAAUUAGGCCUUCUUUAAAUUACCAAGGCACCCAAGCCAGUAGAAAAGACUUACUUAUAGUUUAAACCUCCGUCACUAAUGGAGCAAUGCACUGUGUUUGUGUCUAUUUUCUUUUGACAGACACAUUUUGUUGGUUCGUUUAUUGAGCCUGUGGCUUAUUUUAGAAGGCUAAGAAGAAGGUGGUGUAGUAAAGCAUUAUAGAGCAUAAACAUUCAAAUGUAAAACAUAAUUAGCUUAUGAAAAAGUACAGUGAAGUUUACCACCCUGUAACAAUCAUAAUGAAUAUACAAACUAUAUGGGAAUGAUGCCGAUGAUGCAUUGCUCUAUGUGUAGACUGACCAUUAAUAGUCUCUUAUCCUCAUUCCCUCAGAACCUUAAAAGUCACGCAGUCACCAUGUUUGAAGUUGGCAAAUUGUCAGAUGAGACGCUGGAUAGCUUCCUUGUGGAACUCGAGAAGGUAACGUAAGGCACCAUGCAAGUUCCUCCCAAGGUCUUGCUCUUUCCCAGGCAGUGUGUGAGCAUGUUUCUUAGCACAAGCUUUUUAAAAAAAUGACAAAUCAAUGCAGAAGAUUAAGCUAUUAUAAUGAGACGUGGCUACAGUACCAGACUGACAGGCUAUUUUUUAAUGUAAUUUUAAAUAUACAUGAAACCCCAGAUUUAGGUCAGACAAAUAAUAUCUACGAAAAUUUAACAUAGUAGUUCCUUGAAGUUUGUUUAUGUACCACUUUAUAGAAGUACAAAUACCACAUUAAAAGUUGAGAGGGAAAAGUAUUUUUUGAGAAUAUGACUGAGAGACUUCUCAGUUUCAUUUUCCAAUUUGAAAUGAAUAUUUUAUCUCCAAGUAAUUGAAUGUUCUGUGAUGUUGUGUGUGAGGUAGUUAGAUAAGUAAUUAAUCAGACCAUUUGUUCAGUCUCCUUUAGACAAUACCAGUGCUAAUGGGAGAGGGAAGCUCAAGGUGCGAACAAAUAUGUAUAUGCAGUGACCUACCUCUGUAUCACAUUACACGUGACAAAUGAUAAUUAUUAAACUAAUGUCCACACAGAAACUCUCCUUAAAAUAAUGUAAAUGUAAGCCGCCAGACAGCAAAUUUGUCUUUGUGAAUCCUACAGCUAAAAGCAUACAUGUGUAAACGUGUAAUCAAGGAAAACAACAUCGUCCCUGUUUACUAUGUAGAAACAGAUCUCUUAAUGUUCUGGCUGCAAGUGAUUAUUGAUGCAGUUCAUAACAUACCAGCCGUUGAACGUGGAAGUAUUAAACAGGAGUAUUAAUGUGUAAAUGGGCUUGUACUUUGCUGAAACCAAUCCACCUUUUCAUUGCUCUCCAUGCUUCUCUUUAUCCCAGGUGCAAAGCACAGGUGAAGGGGAAGCCCAGCGAUACUUUGAUCACGCGCUGACUCUGAGAAACACAAUACUCUUUCUGCGGCAUAAUAAGGAUCUGGUUGCACAGCCUGAGCAGCAAGUGAAUGCAGGUACGGUGCUCUACCACCUAAUGCGUAGAUAGUUAGGUCCCUAGAAGUUGUAGAACUGUAACUUCAAUAUGCACCUUGAGAGUGACAAACCAUUUAGGGAAAAGUAGUUCUACACCAUCCACUGGCCACCCCUGGCAGAAAGAAAUUCUAUAUGGUUACACAGAUCGGCAGUACUGAAGACAGGAUCUGCAGGAAACCAGGUUCCACAAAACCUUGAUUUGUCCCCUGGAAAAUAUGAAGAGUAACAGAAUAGGUUCCAUUUAUAGAAAAUGUAUGUGUACAUAACACCAGAAAGAGAGAGAGGAAAAUUUAGUUCCUCACUUAAAUUGACAUUAAACAUUUUUUCAUUUUUUACAGUAUUUGAGAACAAUAUCAUUUACGGGAUUGGAAGGGCUUAGUAGAAAUCAUCAAAUUUUACACAAGACAUGUUUAUUAUCAGGGAAACGUCUAAAGUCUCAGAGGCCGCGGAAACACCAGUGGCAGUCACUUUGAUUGAUAUCUGUAAAAAUAUUUCCUUUGUAGUAUUACUUCUCUGCACAUAUGCCAGUCUGCUACAUGGUUUCAGGAACUUUCACCCACUGUGGUGUUAGUAUAAGCUCAGAAUUAAAUGAACUCCACACUGGCUGUAAACACACAAAAAACAGGUUUGUGUGGACAACUGUGUUUGCACAAGCAAAAAAAAGAAUUAAACAGUCUGUGUUCACAGGCGUAUAUAACAGAGGGCUUUCAGACUUUGUUUUGUCAGCUAUGUGUGUUUUCUUUAGCUUGUUAUACUGAAGAGACUGACAAUGUAAUACAUGGUAAUUCUUACUCUUUUGUGUGUUAGUACAUCGUGGCUCAGUUUGCUGAUCUGUGCUGUGAUGCCCGUAGUCCAUGCUGAGGAAUGGAUGCUACAGAAUAAAAUGGCAAUUCUGUCUGACGAUGUAUCUGCCAUAUAUAUAAAAUAAAUAUAUAUAUUUUUUUUUUUAAAUCGAAUGGAGCUUUUCAAUGUUUCUGUUAUGGUUUCUAUAUAUUUCUGUUAUUUGUGAUUUUGGCUGGAACAACUACAACAUUUUACUCAAAUGAGCUGCUUAUUAGACCUUUGAAUAAAAAGUAUCUACUGUACCAGUUAAAUGGACUGAAUGUACACUGGGGCAGGUCCAGAGAUUUACAGGGUUGUUCAGUGAAGUGCGAAUUGUCGGGAAUUAAAAGUGAGUUUCUAAUUUAAUGCUAGAAUAUAUAUAUUGAGUACAAUAAAUUACAAAUAAGUCCUCCAUGAGAACCUGCUGUUUGCCAUUCGAGCAAAUAACCUGGUAAUUCUUCAAACCUAUUGAAAUUAAAACUUCACAGUAAAAUGCUAAAUAAUAAGGCAAUUCAAAAAAGACACCGCUACAUUAAAACGUGAUAACCGAUAAUGUUCGAAGUGUAGACUAAUCUUGAGUGAAUUAAUCAUUAACCAGUAAUUCAUGUCAUCCUAUACCAUUCCUAAAAUAUUGGAAAGCAAAAGUAAAACAAAGCUGUCAGAGUUCAAGAGCUGGUAAUGAAACCUACUGGCUUAGUGCUUGUGUGAAAUAAAUAUCUAACGUAGCCUGGUAAAUUAGAAAGUUGUUUGCUUUGUACUGUGCUGUUGUUGGAUGAGACGUGGCUUAAAAUGCAGGUCACAACCAUUUAGCUUUCCAGCUCUAGGUCAAAGCAUCAUGGGAGGUGGAAUUUCACGAGUGCUGGGAUUCUACUGAGUGGCUACCAUAGGAUCAUACUAUCGUGUUUUUUUUAAAUUUAGGUUUGCAGCUGGACCUUCUGCGAUGUGAAAGCCUGUUGGGGUUGGACCCUGCCACGUGCAGCCGCGUUUUAAACAAGAACUAUUCGCUGCUCGUUUCCAUGGCACCUCUCACCAAUGAGAUUCGCCCAAUCAGCAGCUGUACCCCACAGGUAAUGCUAACGUAUGAAAUCUGGCUUACAUAGGCUUGGCUUCCAGUCUGCUCAUGAAUUGUUUAUUUCCACAAAACUUCAUGACUGAUGAAAUGCCUUGUCAAGUGGCCAACAGUUAUCCACAGAAAUUACAGGGUCUACACUAUCCCGGCUUGUGCAGUGUUAGUGGAUCCUCACUCCAACAAACAAUAUAAAAUAUACCCAGUAGUCAGGAGCAAUAAUAUCACCCCCUCCUUAGUGCCAGGGGGUGCUUAUCCAACUGCUUAAACCAGAAAAAGAUCUAAGCCGUGCAGAGGAGGAAUAAGAUUGCUUAUAACGCAAUAUAUAAAUCCUCUACAUUACACCUAUAAUGCCACUUGUUUAGUCUAGUAAUGAGGCUCCAGGGAUCUGUUUUUUAUUUUCCAUUUGUUUGUGCUAAUAUUUAAAACAUCCUCUUGAUACAUUUGCACUCAAUUCUUUCUACUGAACCCCAUAAAAACCAUUUAACAUAGUACAUACAUGUAUGUGGAGGUGGAGGUCAGCUACUAGUAGGGAAGACAAUCCCAUCCAAGGAUUAGAGUAUUGCUAGCAUUUACUUAACGACUAAACCAAAUUGGAAAAAUAUUAAAUUGAUGGAUGUCAUACAUUUGCACUCAAUUCUCUCUACUGAACCCCAUAAAUACCAUUUAACAUAGUACAUACAUGUGCUACUAAUAGGGAAGACAGUCCCAUCCAAGGAUUAGAGUAUUUCUAGCAUUUUCUUAAUGACUAAACCAUUUCCCCCCUCCAUCCUAUGUUACUACAUAACUAUACUGCUGCCACAUGCUGUAUAAUACGUGUAUGUAUAUACGUUCACUGCAUUAACCAGGAACUAUAUUCGGUUCUGCAGCAUAUUGGACCUGCAAUCCCUGAAGUGAGCUCUAUCUGGUUUAAGCUCUACAUUUAUCAUGUUUCUGGCCAAGGACCGCCCUCUCUCUUGCUAUCGAAAGGAACCAGACUCAGGAAGUUACCAGAUAUUUUUCAGGUUUGUAAAGUGCGGAAUUUUAUCUUGUGCAUCUUGAGAUGAGGUGCAUUGAUAGGUAAUUCAUGUUUCUCUCCCCCCCCCCCUCCCAGUCUUCAGAUUAAUAUGCCUUACACUCCUAACAAUAAAUUUAAGGCAUUAAUAAAUGUAAGAUUAUGUCUGUACCACCAUGUUGGGGUUUAUGUCUUUCUCUUUAAAUCACUUUGUAUAUUUGAUUACAGCUAAUAUGUCCUGAUAUGUCAAAAGUAAAAGUAAAGAGUUCAGAAAGCACAUGACUUGUUAAAUAUUGUAAUGCAGAACAAGACACAUGUCAUCAGGGCUGAAACUGAGUGUUAAAACUCAAUAUGUUUAAUUAUUGAAGAAAGUCUCGUGGCCACACAAAUCAAAUCCUGAAAUAAAGUGCAAAGUAAAGUUGUAUUGCUAGAGAUGACUACAUUGCCUUUACUUUUAUUUUUUUAAAUGAGACCUUCGACUUUCCUCUGAUGUCACCCUAAUUGUCCUGUGUUUUUUAGGCAUAUGACCGCUUACUAAUAACAUCGUGGGGUCAUGAUCCAGGAGUGGUUCCAACCUCCAAUGUGCUUGUAAUGUUGAAUGAUGCUUUGACUCACUCAGCUGUACUUAUUCAGGUAUGUGAUAGAUAUUCUAUACAUAGUGUAAGCUUCAUCAGAAUUUUAGUUUACACCCAGCCUUAAAUUGUGCUUUUUUGAUAAUGUUUUGUGUAGCAGAAAAAUUUAACAAAGCAGUAUUAUAUUCAAACACACAAUCCAUGUGUGAACAUAGUAAAGCGACUUUUCCUUUUUGGGCUGAUCCUUCACUUCCACAAGCUAGUAAACAACCAUGUAGUUAAUAUAAAGAUCGUACAAACAUAUGCAAAUUGUGCUAGUAGGCACUAUGUAUAUAAAGUGUAAUAUGUGCAAAAUAAGCUUUUCUAUAAAGCAGGUACUCAUACACUGUAAUUUACAUGUGAUCUGUAGUGAAACAAAGUACAGAGAGCUUUUUUUUUUUUUAAUGUAAACAAUAAAUAUGUUCUGAAUACAUUCCACCUAGUCUAUGAUACCCAUAAUUAUUUUCUUAUUAAAUUCCCAUGUAAAAAUAAAAACCACCAUGCAUUAUAAUUGUGAACAGGUGUAACUAUAAUUCAAGCCACUAGGAUAUCCUUAACACUAGACUCACUGUUUAUUGAAGCUAAGGGAAAAUUGGGCUCAUUUCAAGGCUUUCAGUCUACUUGUGAUCAUGUUCUACUUGGACCCUCUUUAUUAUGAAUACCUCUCUUACAAUAUUUGCUGAGUUCUGGGUGCUGGUGAGCUCACAUUCUCACGCUGUGCACCUCGCUAGUUGGUGGUGCUGGUAUACUGCACGGAAUAUACUAUUUAAUUGUGACCCUAAUCUCUUUAUUUAACCCCUUAAGGACCAAACUUCUGGAAUAAAAGGGAAUCAUGACAUGUCAUGUAUCCUUAAGGGGUUAAAGGGGCAUUGCAGGCUGAUGCUAACCUUCUUUGCAAUUCUGUAAUAUCAAAUAAUAUACUGAAUAUAUAUACAAACACAGUAAAUUACAUUGGACUAAAAAUAUGCACAUUUCAUAUUCCUGAAUUUUCUGUAAAUCCACAAGUUUUGAAGCUUCUGCAGUGAGUGCUGCCAAGACCAGAAAGUAACUCAUUCCUUUUAUGAUGGUGCUGAGUUUCUUUAAUCAAUGGCGGCAGCACAGAGCUCUGUGGACACAGGAUAGGAGAUCUGAUUCUGUUGAUAGCCAGAAGUGUACUCUCUAUGUGCUCUCCGGUUUUCACCAGCGCAAGCUAUUUUUUAUGAUGGUGGUGUUUUUAUUUAGGGUCACGGCACGCAUGGCAUGGGGGAGACCUUACAGGUGCCAUUCCCGUUUGAUGAAGCAGAACUACAAGGAGGUGCAGUAUUUGGUGUAUUUUGUGCAGGAACUUUUUUCUCCUUUAAAAUAAGCUCUGCUAGACCUUUCCAGAUCUAAAAAUAACCUUAUUCUUAUAUUGUCCCAGAGAACUAGAGAUUACCAUUCAUUUAAUUUAUUUUUGUUUUGCAGAAUUCUCUAGUGCCAAUAUGGCUGUUCACAAGGCAUUAAAAGCCUUACGAGAGAAAGUUGACCUGGAACAUUUCUGCGGAUACAUCACAAUGCUGAACCCAGCCAGUCGCCAUAUUCACCAAAGCCACAGGAGACUCAGCGAUGCUUCUGAUGGAAAAGGUGCAUUAGGAUUGAGAAAUGGAUAAUAAGGAAAUUUAUUGCACACUCAGUUCGUAGAUAAAAUACCAGUGCUAGAGCGCAGUGAAAACACUAAUUUUAUUCUAAUGGCAACUCUCUACUGUCCACCUUCCUUGAGUCUAUAACUACAUAUCUGUAGGAAGAAUCUGUUGAAAACAUUUCACAGAGGCAUUCUUAGCAUUUUUCUUUUAAUGAUUCUGAAUACUAAUAUAAAAAUCCUCUAUAUAAUCUGAAAUGAAAAACUCUCUCUGUUCUUACACUUGGUGAAGAUUUUACAAAACUAUUUUGGUAAGAAAUCCAUGGAUUCUUGCUCCUGCUUGGACACUUUUACUUAAUUGAGUAACCUUGUAAGUAGAAAUUAAAAGAUGUACUGUCCAGCUAACCACGAGGCCAAGUCUCUGUUGCUAGAAAGAGACCGGUAAAGAAAUGUAUCUGGUUAAAAAGAAACUAUUAACCUGUUUGGCUGUGCACCUACGUGAAUGCAGUUAAAAAGAAUGUUAGGAAGUUGGGGAACAGGAGAGAAGUUGCAGGACUAAUACAAACAGAAAUAAUCAAAAAACAUAGCAGUAUACAAGAGUAUAAACAAUAAUUAAUCACGACAGAGAGUUCCCAGCUAAAGAUGUGGUGAAUCUACUAUAACAUUCUUUAUUGCAUUCGUUAUUUCUUAUGUGCCUGGAACAUUGCAUUUUCUGGCAGUAACAUGGUAACUUUUCUUUGCAGAUGAACCUAGUCUUGACUUUAGUUCCGAUGUAAAUGGCAGCACUGAAUCAUUUGAGCUUGUGGUAGAAGAAACAACUUUGGAUUCUGGAAUUAAGGCAAAUGAAGGUAAGUACAGAAAGCAUUAAAGUCUUGUCUCCAGUCAUUUAUGACUGUGGCACCUUGCUCUACCUGUAAACUUCUGAAAUCAGUAUGUCUCUUUGAUUAUCUGUUUGAUGUUUCUUACUCCUCUGAUGUGUUCUUUUCUUUUUCACCAUUAAAGUUUAGUUUCCUGCAUUCAUUUGAAUCCUGCUAAAGCUUUUAUAUCAAGCAUAGCUAACAGGUUAAAGGCCCAAAACAUUCUGCAAUAAACCCAUACCCAUAUAUUGCUGUACAUGCGCAACAGGUCCCCAAGGCUCCUCCUAAAGGAUUGGGACAUUGCAGAGGAAGCCAGGCUUUCUCAUCAAGGCUUUCUUGAUGACAUUGCGGGAUGUAUAACGGUAAGAAGCUCAGAGUAAGCCUCGGUGCUUGAAUAAGGGAAGUAAAACUUUUAUUUUUAUGGCAUGGGGAGGUGGGGGUCUGUAUAGAACUAGGAACAUUGUCAUGCCCUAACCAUAACCCUACCAAGGGUUAUGGGUAGGGUUAGGGUUAUUGGAAGGUUGAGGUAAGGUUAGGGUUAGAGGAAGGUUGGGGUAAGGGGUAGGAGUAGGGUUAGAGGAAGGUUAGAUUCCGGUCAUUAUUCUGUUAAUUUUCCCUCCCUUUCCUGUUUUGCCACUUUUCAGAAAUCCAAAGCACCGUGGCACUUCUGAACUUCGGCAAUUUGGGACUUUGGCGGUUCAGUUCGGCAAUUCGGACAUUCUGAAGCAUCCAAAUGUCCGAAUUGCCGAAAUUAGUUCAAAUUUAAAUUCAGACCGAAAUGAAUUGCACGUGUCUAGGAAUAACUUUAUGUUGAAUAGUUCUCAAGUAUCACAGUACAGCAAUUCGACUACACCCCUCCCCAUUUAUAAACCACCUUAGGUAAUUUUUUAUGUUGCUUUAGAUAUUGCUUAAUCAUCGCUAAUGCUUUCUUUAUAUCUUUUUAGUAUCAACUAUAGAAAAAGACUGGGUUCCGCUGGAUCUGUGCUAUGGAAUCCCGCUGUUUAGUUCAGAACUUAACAGGACAGUAUGCAAGAAAAUUGCUUCCCAUGGACUCUGUGGUAAAGAGAGGUAAUCCAUGUAAACGAAUAUUUGUGUGUGUUCUUAUGGAUGAAGUUGAGCUAAGAAUUUUCACUUGCCCCCUAAAUAUUGGGUAAAAUUCCAUGGACCACUCACUGCCUGUGUGAAUCAUUAGUGCUGUUUGAAAGCCGCCUAUUUUAACAGUAGCUUCACAGGUGUUACCAUCCGGAUUGUUUAUUUUAAAAUUUGUAGUAAUAGUGUACAUUAUAUUAUCUGUAAAGUGCAUAUAGUAGGUGGUGGCCCACUAGCAGGGUCCACUGAUAACUGAGAGCAUAUAGUAAACAAAUUAUGAGUAGAAACACAAUAUAAUAAACAUAAACAAGAAAGAACCAAAUAUGGUAUCUAUUGCUCAGAAGAAGCUCAGGUCACUGCCUCCUGUCUCAUUCUGCUUCGGGGUACAAAGUGGACAGUUCUUUCUGGGUCCCAAGUGUGGGAAGUUGAAUGCAUCUCCGGAGUCCGAGCCUUAGCUGGAGUCCUAACGGUAAAGUAAAUGAUGAGGGGUAGAGAGGUGAGUUUCAGGACAGUUCCGUGAGUUACUCCGAAGGCAGCUAAGAGGGCCCAGCAGAUGGUAGCGGUGAGGAAGACUGAGUAUUGUAGCCGAUUUUAUUGCACUUCUGGGCAAAUAGGAAGUGCAUCAGCAGGUAGCCCUCUAUGCAAGGCUGAUAGGGCAAGUGAUCACUCCUGUCACAAACACACCCUACUUCAACAGUGUACGUGACGUAGUUGUGGCGGUGAAAGGGUUAAAGAUCACGAUUUGUCUGCACUAGAACGGAAAUAAUGACAAAAUCCCCCUUAGCACCACCCACACGUAAACAUAAUAAUAUAACUAUUACUAUUUUAACGCUGCCACCAUCAAGACAAUUUAUAAAUGGGGUGCCUUGGUCCCCCAGGUAAGUCAACAAGGAAAAACCCACCAAAUAUUACUUGGCAGAAUAUCUAUGUAAUUGCAAAAUACUAAUUAGUCUCUUCAGAUAACGUGAUUCUUAACCAGACAAAGGCAGAACUUAAUAAAUGAAUGUUUCUUAUGAGCAAAAAACGGUCACAGUGCAUACAAAAAUAUAUGAUAAACAAAUUAUUUACACCAACAACAGAUAAAAACAAAAAGGAUAAAAUAACAGAAGUGAGGACUUAGGUUUUCAAAGUAAAACUUCUGCCAAGGGGGUCUCUGGCAAUAAAGGAUGAUGGUGAUUCACUCAAAAUUAGAUCUUGGCCCCAAGCAAGUACAUCAACACCCCUCCAAAUCAUUGUAGUUAUAUCCUGUGGAUUAUCAAGUCCUGCUCAGGGGUGGAGUUAAGGCGUAUCUAUAAAAAUAAUAAGUGACCACCUCCUUUGUUCCAGACCAACGUCAAUCCAAAUGGAAACAUUUUGCCCUAUCUUCUCUUAUGUACCUGCCACAGAAAUAAUAAUUGCAUCUAUGAAUGUAUUAUUUUCCCAGCCCAUAGACAUGUUGCACGCCCCACCCGUAAUCCAAUAGGACGGACAUUAUAAUUCCCUCCCCCAUGGUCAAGCCAUGCCACCCAUGUUUGGGCUUGUUUAGAAGAUGGCACUUGUCAUAUUCCAAAUAUAACAAAAAUGAGGCUUAAUUAUUAUUCUAUGGGGUAAAUAUGAAUAUUUUUUCUUGGAUAUGAUACUGGAAGGCUAAUGGCCAUUAACCUAUCAAAAGAGAUUGACUCAUCACUUAAAAGGUACAUGCCAAAUAGAUGGAGACACAUUCAGACUUUUUUCCAAGUGUAGAACCUCACACCUUGCAGAGCCUUGAUUAAUUCACAUCCCAAUGUCAUUCAAACUACCCCUUCUGUCAUCUGACCUCGGUGGGGGGUCCCAGCUUCAAAAGAUGUAAUCCCUUUUAACCUUGACAAUACCAUCUCUGCCAGGCUAGCAGGUCCUUAAUGCACUACACAAAUUACAUUAAAAUACAAUAUUCCAUAGUGCAAUAAUACGGUAGCUGGCCCAGCAUGACACCAGAUUGCAACGGAUUAAUUGUCAACUCCUCAGAGCUCUGGAGAUUGGAGUCCGUGCGGCUCAGUGGUUAAAGGGACACUAGCCACAAAAUAACUUUUGCUUAAUUAAAAAAUGAUUGUGUAUAGAUUAUGCCCUUACGUUUCAUUGCUCAAUUAUCUGCCAUUUAGGAGUUAAAUCACUUUGUUUAUGCAGCCCUAGGCACUCCUCCCUGUAUGUGACCUACAAAGCCUUCCUACACACUUCCUGUAAAGAGUCAUCUACCGUUUAUACUUCCUUUAUUGCAAAUUAUGUUUAAUGUAUAAUUUCUUAUAUCCUGCUCUGUUAAUAGCUUGCUAGACUCUACAGGAGCAUCCUGUAUGUAAUUAGAGUUUAAUUUACAGAGCAGAAGAUACAAACUUUUAAAGUAAGUUCCAUCUGAUUGAAAAUGAAACCUUUUUUUUUCCAAUGCAGGCUGUGUCCGUCACAGCCAGGGGAGGUGUGGCUAGGACUGCAUAAACAGAAACAAAGUGGUUUAACUCUUAAAUGGUAAAGAAUUGAGCAGUGAGACUGCAGGGGCAUGAUCUAUACUCUAAAACGGUUUCAUUAAGCUAAACUUGUUUUGGUGACUGUAGUGUCCCUAUAAGCUCCGCCGCCCUGGAUAUUUUUACUAAGGAUUAGCAUUUUGACAUAGAAAAUGGGAUUUCACACCAAGAAAACUAGACAAUUCAAGCAUCCCUUGGUUUUUAGAUAUGUAAUGAAUAUGUACUGUACAGUCCACUAAAUCUGUAACUUUGUCACAAUUAUACCUGCAUGUGAGUAUCACAAUGUUCGUUUUUGCAUAUAUAAGAUAAUGACCAUAUCUGUAUUUCUGAUUAUUUAACUGUUUUUACAGCCUUCAGUAUCUCCUCCACUCCAGUCGGAAACUUUCUCUUCAAGUUCUCAAUUUUGUUCAAUCAUUCCAGGUACUCUUUCCAUGCUUAUAUAUUAUAUUAUUUUUUAUAUGUUUUAACCCUUUAGGGAUGUUAGGAUGUGCUAUACUGUCCUAAAAGUAUGAAUGUCCUUUGCUUUUAAUGCAAGCAGUGUUAAAUCUUUGCUCACCUUGGUCUCCCUGAGCCUCCAGGUCCGUGGCUUGAAGAUGCUGGCCCGCAUGCUGGCCUGGGGCUGGGGGGAUGUCUCGACUUGCUCCCACUGUGCCGCGGUCUCUAUUGAACUCCCUGCCUCAAUCAUGAACUUCCCACACGUGGGCAUCGGCUUGGACUGGCAGUCUGGCGCACAAUACUGUAAACCACUACCGUGGUACCGAACCCUUGCAGGAUCCAGAAGACUUUCUCUUGUAUAUCCCCCCAGUGCAAUAUGCCUCACUAAGUUAGUCCAUUUUAGCAUGCUUAGCUAGAAAUAUUUUAGACAGCCACUCUUGCAAUAGCAGCUUCACAUGUUACUUUUCUAAUACUAGUCUUGGGACUAUCUGACCAGACACACACUACCACUAGCAUGUUUACUAUAACAAUCUACUCUGCCUAAAGCAUUUAACAUAUAACUGUCGUUUUACUUUAUGCCAGCUCCAUCUGUAGCUCAGACAAGUUGUUUAUUCAGCAUGUUAUAGCAUCCUAGGUUGAAUCGUGAGAAAGAAAACAAAAAAACGGUGCCUUUCACACACAUUAUACGUUUACACUGCACAUGUUUGUGGAUGUUUGUAAAAUAUACCGUAUGCUGUUGAUACAUAUACUCUGUACUUUGCUUGCACCGAAAUAAAGACAUUGACAAAAAAAAAAAAAAUCUUUGCUCACAGUGGGGAGACCUAGGUAUCAGUCUGUCAGCUGGGGCCAUAUUUAGUGUCUCCAGACUGACAGAUGAGCUCUGUGCAACACUCAACAUGAGAGGAAAGACCCCCCUGAAAAGACCAAAAUAGGACCCCCCAGCAUGCUCCCUCUGCUGAUAAAGAUCGGCCUGUUGCCCAGUACCAAUGACAUAGUGAUCGGCAGGAUUUCCUGGUGGUAGUGUAGGUGUUGGGUUAGGAUUUAUGUUAAGUUAAGGGAUAGUUUAGAGUUAAUGUUUGGGUUAAGGUAGGGGGAGUGAAUGGUUAGAGUUAGUGUAUAGUAUAGGGUUUAGGGGCAUAGUGUCCAUUUCCAAAAGUUAAUCUAGAUCCUACACAUAUGAGGUAAUCAACAGUCAGAACUGAUAGAUGAAUCUGGUUUGAGUUAUUUUUAUUUAGUUGCACUUGAUUUCUACAAAUUAUAGACAAAUCUGUGGGUUUUUUCUUCCAUUUUUAUCAUUUUCUUCAUACCUAUGUUAGGUGUACUUACUAUUAUGUCCUUUAAAAACCAAUAUAUAGUAUUUAUGGGUGCACUUAAAGAGAAGCCCGUUAAUUACAGUGGAUAGCAUGGCCCAAUUCUAGAUUUUGGAGAGGUUCAGAAGUUGGACGAUUGCUUCUGUCUUGAAAAGCCUGCUGCUCAUAGUUUGUCUCUCAGUUGGGCUAUCUUCGUUAACUGGGGAUUGUGGAGAAUUGCACAUUUAAAAUCUGAAUAGACAUAUUGGAUAAUUUUUCCAGUUUUUAUAUUUUGGUCUGAAGAAUGGAUAUAAUUAAAGUAGCAAAUGCAAAAGAAUAAUAAGCGCUCUCUUCUCAGGGGUGAGCUGCAGUUCACCAACAAGGUGUUCCUCUACCUUGUGAUAAAUGGACAGAUAAAAUAGAAAGGUGAACAGCGCUAAAAAUCCGAAAAUGUACAUACGUUUUGUAGAAAUACUGGCCAGCAGAGUAACUUAAAAAAAGAGAGAAACAAAAAUACAAAUAAUGGUACAGUAUGUAUGAACGAUAUAAUUCCACAAGAACAAAGGUGUUAUAUUCACACUCACACUUUGAGGAGCUAUAUCAGCUCGGUGUUAAGAGCCUGGACGGAAUAAUCCCCGUCUAUGGAUUUCUUGAGGUUCAAGACCGUUGGUGAAUUUAUAGGUGUAAAUAUUCGUUACAUGAAAAACAAGAGUAAAAUACACCACAUGGUAUAGUACGUAAAUAUAAAAUAUUAUUAAAAAAAAAAAAAGUGGAUGAUCCUACUUACAUAUACUACAGCAACGACCUGCUCUAGUCUGGAGAAUUUCAGGUGGAAUAAUCCCCACCUUGGGAUAUAGUGGACCCAGGUAUAGCAGCAAAGCAGUAUUGGAUAGGAAGGAGGACAAAAGGAAUGACUGGAUAGUUUAAAAAAAUAUAUAUACUUUAAUACAAAAAGUGAAAAGUGAAUAAUAAACUAUAAAACCAGUCCUGUAUAAAAGUCCAAAAUUCUUCCUCACUUGACGCGUUUCGCCGAAGCUUUCUCAAAAGUGAACUUCACAUCAAGUGAACUUUUGAGAAAGCUUCGGCGAAACGCGUCAAGUGAGGAAGAUAAUCCACUUUUUUUUUUUUUCCCACAAUAUUUUAUAUUUACGUACUAUACCAUGUGGUGUAUUUUACUCUUGUUUUUCAUGUAACGAAUAUUUACACCUAUAAAUUCACCAACGGUCUUGAACCUCAAGAAAUCCAUAGACGGAGAUUAUUCCGUCCAGGCUCUUAACACCGAGCUGAUAUAGCUCCUCAAAGUGUGAGUGUGAAUAUAACACCUUUGUUCUUGUGGAAUUAUAUCGUUCAUACAUACUGUACCAUUAUUUGUAUUUUUGUUUCUCUCUUUUUUUAAGUUACUCUGCUGACCAGUAUUUCUACAAAACGUAUGUACAUUUUCGGAUUUUUAGCGCUGUUCACCUUUCUAUUUUAUCUAUAAUUAAAGUAGGCUGUGUCAAUUUUUUUUUUAUAUUUUGCAUCUUCCUAAAGUGGUGUUGAUGAAAUGUAUCCAUCACUAUUGGAAGGAAGGAACAAAUAUAUUGUUGUAUAUGGCAUUGUAUAGUAUGAGUAGAUUGUGUUAAUUUUAAUUUAGAUCCUGUUUUAUCCCAUGUGUAUCCACAUUCCUAUAAUUAAAUGUCCCCAAUAUUGACUAUUAGCAUGAACACUCACAUGACCCAAUCAGUGUUGAUUUGAGUUAAUACUAAAGUUUUUCAGACCAUCAUCUGAAAUUUAAGGUUAUGAUCAUCUGCUAAGAUUAGUCAUUUUAGGACCCGACUGCCCAAAAACUUUCACUGUCAUUUCAAUUUUAACUUUUCUCCCUGUGCUUUUCUUAGGAGUCCAACCCCACCGUAGAUCAUCUAUCAGAAUCCAGUGCUUCUAGCAUGCUGUCCCAGUCUUGCACAGUGGAUAUUGGUGUUCCCCUUCCGUCAAAGAACUUGAUCUUCCAAAAUGGUGUUCUAUCGGAGUGGAAUGGGCAAGCUCGUGUCUCGAAGCAUGAUACACACAUACUAAGUGACCAGCCGCAACUAUAAAAUCGUUUAUGGCUUAUUUAAACCCAUGCAAAUUUGGUGUUGGUGUUUAUGGCUAUAUUGUAAGUUACGUUAUAGUAGUGUAAUUCCAGAACUUGUGGUCGGUCACUUUCGUGUCUCGUAAUAAAACUGUUGUUCUCGAUCUCUUCUUGUACAUUCCUAGAAUGCCUUUUGUAGAUAAGAGAAUUAGAAAUCUCUGUUAAAUGGAAUAAAACCUAUAAACCACACUUUUUUUUUUUAAAUCAACAUGAGAACCACUUAGUAGUAAACCCUUUUAGCCACUCAUCUCAUGUUAGAUUCCAAGGACCAAAUCAUUUUUCUUUUACUUUGAUUGAUCUUUAGCUUAAUUUUGUGAACAAAAUUCUGUAUUCUGCCCAUAGAUAUUUAAUUGUAAAAAAUACACCUGAACUGUCAUCACUAUAAAUACAAAAUAUAGAAUUCUGCACAAUUCACUCCACAUCACUCACAGUUUUAAUGUUCAAUGAAGCAAGUGUGUUUUCUGGAUACUUUCAGUAUUUGUCUGUUUUUGUAUUUGCAUCUAAAAUUGCCACGAGGAGAACUAUAGACUGCCUUUAUCCAUUAAUUGUUAUGCAUUUACGAUAAUCAAACUAAGAAAAAUAUAUAUUUUGCUCCCAUCACAAAAUGAAAUCCUUGUUAAAGUCCUGCAUAUUUCGUAAAAUUAUUUUUAUUGUUACCUCAGGAAAAACAAAUGGCAUCAUUCAUUGAUGCGGACAGAAUACUAUACAUUCAUCAUCAGAGCAAAAAACAAAGCAAAACUCUAUAGAUUAGCUAAUAUAUUUUUUUAAUAAAUAGAUUCAGUAAGUUUAAAUGCAUAUCCCAUGCUCUCUCCCUCCCUCUCUUACAUUCUUCCUCUUCUUCGUAACACUCUCUUGCACUCUCACGUCCCUCAUUCACCCCCCUUCUCACUCUCCCCAUCCUCUCUCUUUCUCCCUAUCUCCUCAAUACUCUUUUUCUCUCUGUCCCUUCUUUGCUAACCCCCUUUUUUUUUCUCACUCCCUGCUCCUCUCACUUUUCUCCCCACCCUUUUCCCACCUUUCUCCCUACCUCCCCCUCUUUCCACUUUUCUCCCUACCUCCCCCUCUUUCCACCUUUCUCCCUACCUCCCCCUCUUUCCACCUUUCUCCCUACCUCCCCCUCUUUCCACCUUUCUCCCUACCUCCCCCUCUGUACCUAUUUUGCUCUCUCCUCCUCCUUACCUUUUCUCCCUCUCUUCCCAUUUGCGAGAAAAUUGCCUUAACCUAAUUUGUGGAAACCACUGUAGUAAUAGCCAGGUGAGUUCUUUACACUUUGGGCAUAUCACUGGCACACAGAGGGUUUAAACAAUGUAAACAUUUAAAAAUGAGAACCAUUUAUGUUGGUGUUUUUCUUUAUAUUAAAUAUGUUUUUUGUUCCUAUUCUCUAGACUACACUGGUCUUUUAAAGCACUAUAACUGUAUAUACCCUUUUACCAAUUUGAGGAUAUCACCACAACCAAUGGAAAUAUUACAACUUGCUGUGAUUUUUAUAGAUUUAGAAAUGAUUUAAUUUGUUUUGGUGUGUAUAUAAAACUUUGAAUGGGUUUGUUCUGCCAUUGUAUCGCAGAUGUUAGUUAUCUACUUGAACGCUAUUUUUAGAUUUGUGUUCCCUUUACCCGACCACAUUUUGAUUCUAGAAACGUGCUCCAGAAAUUAAAGCACUGCCACCAUUAUGUAAUAUCGCUGCUAGGAGUCUGAGGCUGACCCCUGUUUAAAGGAAUCUGGAAUAAUUGACUUCUGCUUUAAACAUGAAACAGGAGCUCAUUUGAAAAGAGUAUUUUAGCUAACCAUUCAGAUUUCAAAUAUAUAAAUAUACAUACCGGUAUAUACUGCACUGCUGCAUAUAAAGGGUCCACUGCAUUAAAACACUUUAUGUGUACAUGUCUCUUGCACGUGUCACCUAAAAGGAAGACAACCGUUUUAAUCUAUGGAGUAUACUCUAACAAGGUGUCCUAAAUCUAGAUCCCAGGGAUUGAAAGCUGGUAAAGCAUCCCUAAAAUUAAAAUGUUUUACAACAGCUGGGAACUUAAUUACGGCCACCCCUUCUAUAACCCUGUUCUUCAGGACACACAUCCAUUCAGUCCAAUGUGUUAUCUAGUAGUGCCUUCAACUAUUGAUUUAAUAUAUUCAUUAUUCCCAGAUUUAUGCCUGCAGUUCUUGUAGAUAUGGAGUUUUUUUUUUUUUUGUUUAGAACGGCAGGAAUGCAAAUAGUUUGUGUUGACAUAUUUGUUUCUACAACGCUACAAAAUAUAUUGUAUAAAUAAAAUAAAUAGCUUGUUGAUUCUAGUAAUUAAUAUUAUCUUUUUGAACCCAUUGUCUAGAAUGAUCUCAAAUUUCAAAUUAAUCAUUUUCUGAGUAUUUUGUUUUCAAUUUGUCUGUUUAUAUUAAUGCCUUUAUAAAUUCAAUAGUUUUUCCUGAAUUCUGUUUAACUUGCUUGAUUGAAAACUCCAUGCUUUAAAAAACAUUCCUCUUGUUUAUUUUCUAGCUAGCUUUCUUUACCAAUCCACAUGGUUUAUAGCCAAAUGAAUGAUUCUCCCCCCCCUCCCCCCCCUUUGCACCACACGUAUGUAUUUACAUGUGCAUUGCUCCCUCCCCACUCUAAUUCAAUCCAGUUUGGAUGUUGCAUAUUUAAAGUAUUACUACUUGUUAUGGUUCAUAUACAGAAUUAAAUUGUUAAUAAUGUACAUUGCAGUGUACAAAUGUGUUUAAAUUGACAUAUGUAACUUGUUUACAAUAAAUUGUUGCUGAUCGACAUUACGAUUAUUAUGUUUUAUUUCUCUUUAAUAUUAUUCCAGCCAUGUAAUAUGGAAAAUAGAGACAUUUAUUGAAGAUCCAAGAAACAUUGUACAUAUGUACCCCUUCAAAGUAGGCACCUUGGGACCUCACAAGGUUCUCCC